GGUUUUUCAUGAGUCUUUUGUCUCAUGGAGGUCUAUUCUCAUAAUUGUGCAGGGUCGGGCUGGGCUGUAACGGUGGGCCCCAUAUUUCUCGGUGACGCCCCUGCCUGCAGUGACUGAGUGAUUGGUGUUGCGACAAAUUGCAUGCAGUGUGUGCUUGUUUUGAAUUAGCCAGCAGAAAAAGUGGUUUAUCUUUGCAUAUACUGGUGCAACACUGGGCAUGUGUACUGAAGCCGUAUAGUCCAGCCCCGCAACCCGCCCACCACCCUCCCUCUUCCCUUCCCUCGGUGCGUCUCGGUCCGCCCGCCCGCAGCACAGUCUCCUUCCAGGCGAGCUUUCACUACAGAGAUGGCUGCGAAAGUGUGCAGAUCAGUCCUCCUGUUGUCCCGGAGCAGCGGAGCGGUGGCCGGCGGCAGCCUCCCCGCACUUGUUGUCUCUUCACAGCGGCACCAUCAGCACAUAAGACCGGUAAGUCCCAGGACGGCUGUGCGCUCCGGAGCUCCGGUGCGGAGAGGAGUGUGUGUGUGUGUGGGACCGGGACCGGGGAGAGAGCGGCGGCGGCGACUGUUGGCUGCUGCUGCUGCUGCUUCUGGCUAAGGAAGUAAAGCUAACUAGCCUCAAGAUUUCCCGGUCAGGUCUUUUCUUCUUCUUCACGGGGCGACAUGAGUCAUGGUUGAGUCCCAGCCCGUGUUCCUGCCUGCCUGCCUGCCUGCCUGCGUGGUUAUUUUAAUCCACGGUGGGACGGUGGGAGAGCUCCACGGAGGCAUUGCAGGUUUUUUUUGGAGCGCAUGCCGAAGCCCAUCAACAGCCCAGCCUUCAGACUCUCUGCCCCGCUUUCAUAAAUGCCCCAUAUUUCUCUCUCGUCUUUCCUCUAAUGCCCUUCAACUUUGCAGCUUGAUGGUUUUCCACCCUGUGAAGGUGUAGCCUCAGCCCUCAGUCCUGCAGUUCCGCCGGAUUGGUCGGUUUGCUCGCCGUCGGCCUGGGAUGGGUGUCUGAUUUUUUAUGCUCUGUUGCAAUGAGGAUGUUUGGUGUAAAAGAUCUGCUGCAGCCUGAGGAAGGUCUGGCUGUCAGAACAUGACUUAUGGUUCCUCUCAUAUUAUCUCUGUGUUCUCCUACAUGAAGCAGCAGCAGCAGCAGCAGCAGCUGUGUGCUGCAGCAGCACAAACUCCUAAUAAUGAAUGGCUGAGCUGGAGCUGGAGAGGAAAACUACAGUUGUGCUUGUGUGAUGGGGAGGUACACUCACUGUUUAUUCAUGCACACACACACACACACAUAUAUGAGACUUCACAGAGACACUUAGAUGAUGUCAGACUCUCCGGCCUUCCUGCCCGCCUCGCUGCCGUUUCUCCCCUCCUCCCUUGCGGGUGUUUCCCCAUUCAGCUGGGAGAUCCUCAGUUUUUUCUUCUCGUCGACGCAGAGCCCAGAUAGAAUAACAGGAAGGUGAUGUGUUCAGAGAAGUGUCACCACAUUGUGAUAGUUGUACGUCUUGUUCCUGCUGCUGUGCUGAAACUCUAAGGUUUACAGCAGCAGCAGCAGGAGGAGGAGGAGGAGGAGGAGGAGGGAGGUGAGGCACAGGAUGGACUUGAAUACGAAAGAAUGAGGAAGUCAUUGCGGCCCAGGAGAGAACAGCCCCCUCAGUGUAGCCAGAAACGCCGCUGUGAUGUUUUCUGAGUGUUUUUUUCUCUCUCUCUCUCUCUCUCCAGCUGUCUUCUGUUUCUCUUUCUUCUGUUUUUCUUCCUCUCUUACAAACAAACUCUGCCACGCGCUCUGUGAAAUGAAAUGAGGCCUUUCUCCCCGUGAAGCAGCCCGGCCUGGAGGUUAAGUAGCUGUCAGAAUUGACUCUCUGGGUCCACGCCGGCCUCUGGUGCCGUCGCCCACUGUGAACUAUUACAAUGGAGCACAUUUCCCCCUGUGGAGAGGUGAUCUUUCCCUCUCCCCUCUGGAAUAAGAGGCUCUAUUUAAACCUUAAGUGAUUUUACCGAGUCACUCGCCUCUCUCUGUAUCUUUGCAGUCGCUCUUAAUAAGUUCUCAUUUUCGGUGACCCUCCUCAGGUUGGAGUUUUGUUUGCCUGUCAUAUUGUGUCUUCAUCCAUCGAAGCGUCGCCGCCGCCGCCGCUGUUGCUGCUGCUGAUGCUGCAGCUCCCAACGCGGGGCCUGUCAGCGAGUGACAGCCCAGCUCCUGAUUUCAUUUGUGAGUCCUUCACUGCAGUGUGGGAAGUCUGUUUCUCCACUUUCCUCGAUGAAGCUGCAGAGGGACGCUCACUCAUCGGCACAGAGAGUGUGAGAAGAGUGUGACAUAGAUUCAGAAACCUAGAUUGGAGUUUUGUCAGGUGCAGAAAAUACUCCAGCUUCUAUCAGUCUGUGGAUCUAUAAACGUGUCUAAUAGGAGAGUGCUGAUGUUUUGGUGAUUCGUACAGAAAUUAAGAAACCAGGUGAUAUAUUUUUGGGUCAACUACUAUCCUCAACCAAAGCACUGACUGUUGAGCUGAUUCUGCAGACGUACAGGCCGUUUUGGAUCAGAACUUUGAAGGGAUAAUCUGGUGCGCCUUAUAGUGCGAAAAAUACGAUAAUUUCAUCAACAGACAUAGUACUAGACACCAAACAUCUUUUUAACUUUGACUCAUUUCUUUAGCAAAGAGACUAAACACAACUCACCUACUCUCUUCCAGCAGCCGCUUGUUUGUAGUGAGACCUCAGGCCAGUCCAUUACAGACUACAGCGGGGUGCCGCAGCUCAAGGAAGAACAUUUAUGAUCAUUUCUUCAUGGAAAUACAAUCAGACCGAGACGCUAAGACAGAAGAACUACUGUGUUAAUAUGGUGAUUAUUACUCAUAAAUGUUCUUCCUUGAGCUGCGGCACCCCGCUGUAGUCCGUAAUGUUGAUGUUGAUGAAGUUUGGUGCUGUUCUGAGCAUUAUUUGUGGCUAUAGAGUGGCGUUUUGGUUGAGCUCAGACUGCUGUGUAUUACUAUCCUGCGGUCGUUACUAAAGUUUAAUUUUACGCCGGAAUAUCCCUUUAAUGCUUGUAGCUGCACUCAGUCUCAUGAUCAGUUUUUGUCAAUGACUCCACCAUCUGUACACGAAGAUCUUUUAUAAACGGUUAUUUCUUCGCUUCACUUUCUUAAACUCAUUUGUCUUUCAUCAGACGAUGUUACGAAAGCAGAGAGGAGGAUUUUUGCACAACUUCACCCUCUUCUUCUGCGGUUCACGAGGAAGGAAGAGUCGUCCAAAAGGGUAAAAAAAAACAUAUGCAGCAGCUCCUGUAGUUGAGAACCAACUUUACACGAUUCAGUUUGUUGGAUUGAUCAGAGACAUUAUACAAAAUACAGAAGACAGGUUUAAAAUAGACAUACACAUGUAGAAGCUGAUGGUGCCUCUGUAAAGGUGGGUCAGGUUUGAUCUAAGUCCAUAGAUGACGCUUUAGUCGUGUGAAGGAGGAGGUUUGAUGUGGUUUAGACCUGAAGGAAGUCUACAUCAUGUUUAAUUUAAUGAACUGAGUCUAAAUAAAAACCAUUUACAGUCGUCACUUAGAAGAAGUCGUCUGAUAUGUCUUCACUGAACGUCCUUCUAUACCGUCUGAUAACAAAUUAACACCACCUGCCUGCCUGCCCACCAGUUUGGCAGAUUUAUUUGGCAGAUUUUCUCCAUUUCUGUGUUUUUGUGAGGACAGAGAUAUUCAAUUAACACCUCAGACACGGACAGGUUAUUUUUGCUAAAGGAGAGGGAGAAAAUCCAUCCAUCCAAUUAGUGUUCUUGUAAAGCCUCCAAAUAUAAAUCUGCAGAUAAAUGCAGCUAAUAGAUGUAGUCCGUCACUGCCAACUCUUCUCCAGUUGCAGUUAAUAAAACACGACUUUUGCACGGGUCAGAAUCUGCUAUUGCUUCCCCGUUAAAGCAGAAAUAUCCGUCUCUCCUGCAGACUGUGAUGUUGUCAAAUGUGGUCGGGGGUUUAGAGACGGGUCUUCAUUCAAGAGGUGAAUGUUCCUGAAAAUACAAAACGUGAGAUGACUACCAGCUUUCUAAUGGAUGAAGUCCUCUGAGACUCAGAGCAGACUGGGAGCUCGGAGACUCCUCACAUGUUACCUGCAGCAGAUGACUACAGAGUCAGCUGUCAUGUCGAUGCGAAGCGGGUAAAUUGGAUCAUGCGGAACAAAGAGUUCUUGUAAAGGGUUCGAACUCUCAGAGGUAGUAAGAUCACGUUAAAGGUGGUGUCGUCAGGAUCUGAGUUAGUUCCAGUUUUUAAGGAGAAAUCUUGAAUGUAAACUCUACCCCUCCAAACCAGUUUUCAGACGCUCCUGCUCGCUCGUAUCGUUCCAAUUAAAUUCCGAUAUAAUGCAGAUAAAUACUUCAGAUCAUUACAAAUGGGGCCCAGUCAAGGUGAAAGUCAAAAGCAUUGGUGCUACUGUAGAUGCCAACAGACUACCAGCAAACACAAUGUUUGCAGGACUUCUACAACGAGGAUAAAGUGACAUAGUCCAGGACCCGAGGGAGGACAGUUUAGUGAUGGCGCUACAACACGCUACAGCAGGUCCGUUUGACAAGAAACACUUCUGUUACAGACACUUGUCUUACUUUGUUAAAGCGGUUUACCUGUCCAGCAGAAAGGUUACAGGGUCACCAAGAUCCCCAAGCGUCCCCCAUCGUUUAUGUUGACCCGGCUUUUUAGCUCUUGUCCGGUCUACCUCUGUUUUAAGCGCCCGUUAUUCCUCCAGAGUCUCCGGUAUUUACUUUGUUUUCUUGCUUGUGUCGGCAGUCGUGGCCAAAGGAGGAUUCAGACAAUUUUCCGAACUUUCUGGUUGGUUUCUACUGUCCGAUAUUGUAGCACGCUAACUUUGUUUGGGCUCCUGAACGACACGGGGGAGCAGCAUUUUCUUGUUGACAAUUUUCUUGUUGCCUGUUUUCUUGUUGACUGUUUUGGUGUUGACUGUUUAUGGUUGACUGUUUUCUUGUUGACUGAUUAUGGUUGACUGUUUUCUUGCUGACUGAUUAUGGUUGACUGUUUUCUUGCUGACUGUUUUCUUGUUGACUGUUUUCUUGUUGACUGUUUUUUGCUGACUGUUUUCUUGUUGACUGUUUUCUUGUUGACUGAUUAUGGUUAACUGUUUUCUUGCUGACUGUUUUAUGUUGACUGUUUUGGUGUUGACCAUUUUCUUGUUAACCGGUUUGGUGUUGACUGUUUUCUUGCUGACUGUUUAUGUUUGAGUGUUUUCUUGCUUGUGUCGGCAGUCGUGGCCAAAGGAGGAUUCAGACGAUUUUCCGAACUUCCUGGCUGGUUUCUACUGUCUUUACUAGUCCUGUCUACUUUCUUAUUUCCAUUUAAGCCGACGUGUUCAUUAAAGCCGAGCAGUGUGUGUCUGUGGUGUUGGAGGCCGGGGGGUCGAGGCCCACUCCUGCCUUUUAAUCCAAUCAGAGUAGGAGUAAACUAAUUUAUCGGCGCUGCUUUCACAGGCUCUGCUGCGCUGAAGUGAUCCGGAUUAGCGGGAUAAAGGAGUGGCUGUCAGUUCGGAGCUUUGGUCUGCUGAAAGGUGAUAAGAUGGUGGGAUGAUUGAUCAGUAUGUCCGCCCUGUCACUUUCAUUGAUGUGAUUCGGCUCCAAAUGGACAGAGCGGUGUCUGAGUCCAUUUAUGAGUCCACAUUUACAUGAGGAGCGGCGCAGAGUGUGAGAGAGUGAGGCUUUGACAUGAAGUGAUGAAUUAAAGGUCCCAUUAGCUGUCAUUAACGGGGUCAGGGCUAAUUAAUGAUGUCGCUCUUCACUUUUAGGGUCUGAUGAUUGACAGGUGGGCGGCCCUCUCCUGUUUGGUAUCUCAUAGAUACUGGACCACUAUCUGCAGACUUUUUUUUAGGGGGUAGAGUGGUCUGCGUUGUCCCGGGGGCUUUUCUUACUGUCCUGCUUCAUGUAUUCAUACGAUAGAAUUUCAGUCAGUCGAAGGUUCGGUUACAGAAACGAUUGAUCGGUCCACGUCACGCUCCUCUGAGUCCGUCAAUAAACCAAUGUCAUGAUCAGGGUGAGGGUCUCUACAUGAGGGGGGGUUCAUGCAUUAACCUGUCCAGGUUUAGUUAAAGUGACACUUCCUGCAUUACAAGGACGUUUUUAUUGAUUAACAGAAACACUCGAUAAUUAUGAUAAUGAAGGAAAUCCAGAACGGAGCUGAACGAGGGGAGGGUCCGGAUAAAGGAGGGGGUCGGUGUUUAAAGGGCCCCAUGUAGACCUCAUCCAUCCAUCCAACCAUCUAUCCAUCUAUCUUUCCAUUCAUUCAUUCAUUCAUCCAUCCAUCCAACCAUCUAUCCAUCCAUCCAUCUAUUUAUCCAGGAGAGGGCCGCCCACCUGUCAAUCAUUAGACCCUGAAAUGAAGAAUGACAUCAUUAAUUAAUCCAACCAUCCAUUCAUUCAUCCAACAUCCAUUUAUCCAUUCAUCAUUCAUCCAUCCAUCCAUCCAUCCAUCCAACAUCUAUCCGUCUAUUUAUCCAUUUAUCCAUUAUCCAUCCAUCCAUCCAUCUAUCCAUAAUUGAUCCAUUCAUCCAUGCAUUCAUCCAUCCAAUAUCCAGCCACUCAAACAUCCAUCUAUCCAUUCAUCAUCCGUCUAUCCAACAUCCAUUCCUCCAUUUAUCCAUUCAUCCAUUUAUCUUUCCAUCCAACAUCCACCCAUCUAUCUAUUUAUCUAUCCAUCUAUCCAUCCAUCCAUUUAUCUAUCUAACAUCCAUCUAUCCAACAUCCAUCCAUCCAUUCAUUUAUCCAACAUCCAUCCAAUAUCCAGCCAUUCAAACAUCCAUCCAUUCAUCAUCUGUCUAUCCAACAUCCAUUCCUCCAUUUAUCCAUCCAUCCAUUUAUCUUUCCAUCCAUCCAUCCACCCAACAUCCAUUUAUCAUCCUUCCAUCCAUUUAUCAAACAUCCAUCUAGCAUCCAUCUUUUCCUAAUCCAUUCACUUAUUCCUCUGACCAAUCAUCCUCUCACCUCAGUAAUAAUGUAAUAACUGAACUCUGGUUAAUCUCUCGUUUAACUGGUUGAAACUCUGACUUUGUUUUCUGACUGUAUUUUUGAUCAUUAACCGGGUCAGCUGUUAGAACCGACAGUUCUGAUGGACUCUGAUGGUUCUGAGUCUCUGUAGACGUCUUUGGUUUCAGGCAGCUGGAAUAAAAACACUUUUAAGACGUCAGAUUUCUGCUGUUGGAAAUAGUUAUGAACCAAUUUCACAGUUUGUGUGGAUCUCAAACUGCAGAGAUGAAACUAGCAGCCCUGAAAAUGACUAACCACUAACUAGGUUAUGGUUUGGGGGGGUUCUGGUCAUGGUUCUGAGUCUGACUCGCGGUGCCACCCAGUCUCUUCUGACCGUACUUCUCGUGUCUCCCUGAGCCGUUCUGUUAAACCCCCAAAUGUACCAGUGAAGAAGAAGUGGAGCACAGGAGCCGCACAGAUUAAAACAUCAGUUAUAAGCUCAGAGGACUGGUUUAAUAAGGCGCCGCCGUCCAGAACCGACUGUCCUCUUCCUCUGCGAGCAGAAUUAGUUUCAGAUAGCGGGCUGUGGAGCGGUGAACGGGAACUAGAGGAGAGACAACCAAUCUUAUGUGACCAGGCAGGCAUGUUAGCUUACUCUGCUUCAGCGGCGACCUAUCUUAGUAAGAGCGACGCCCGGAUACAGAGGAACUGCCUCCCCGCUGAUUUAUUCGCCCAUCUGGAGGCGCCACAUAAACCCGUCCAUGGUCACACAGGCGGUGACCCCACCUGCACAUGUGUUGUUUGGAUUGGAGGCAGUUUUCCUGCGACGAGGCGGUGUAGCGACAGCAUCAGAUCCUCUGUAGUGUCAGUAAAGCAGGGCGUCCCUUUUGUUCGACUGUUUGCUCUCGUUUGUUUGUGUGGGUAGAGGAUCAGGGUGAAAGGUACAGUCGAGCUUACAGCAGCUCUGUGUUUGAUCAUCAGUGAGCAGCUUCAUUAUUCCUCAUCCACACACAGAAGUAAUCCUCCAUCCAUGUUUCCUCUGCUGAACCAGACUCGGAAACGUCUCACUGGUCUCGGUGACCCUUCAACAUUCAGCUCAUGACCCUGUACGUUGUGACUCCAAACACAGGGACUCUCUCUCUCUCUGUGUCAGGUGAACUACUGACCUCCAUGGCAGCGUUUUAUUGGUCAUAAUGCUCCUGUAGUAAACACGCUCAGUAAAGGUGAGGACACUCAUCCUCUGACUAUUAUCUUUUAUUGUAACGAGGUUCUCGGCGGUGACGGGACCUGGUGACCCAAAAACGUGCGCUCUCACUCAGUACCAGAGCGGCCAAGUGUCACGCUUUGACUUUGAGUGUGACAGUCACACAAUUUGACCCGUUCUUACGUCACACUUGACAUUUCUCAAGCUAAUUUUUCCCCAUUCAAUACGCCGUAUUUAUUUUUUUUUCAUGAUAAUAAACUUUGAUUGACUGAUGAGAUAACCAAUCGAUCAGUCCUUUGUGCCUCAAUCUAACCAACCACGGAAGGCACCACACAAUAUAAACCAAUCAGAAGCAACAUAAGGCGGGUCUUGGUGUCUCUAACUAUCUACUCUAACUACCCUAACGCUGUGUUCGAGUUACCUCAGAGGUCAGAUGUCGAAGCUGAGUUUCCAGCGUUUCAGUUACAAAGUCGGAAAAAAGCAAAAUCAGACGCCUGAAAUAAGAUGGCUACGUCCACGAAAGUUAUUUUUGUGUUUGCCUUGUCCGAAUAUAAGUCAAGCGCUAAAAUAACUUUCGUAAAUGUAGCCAUCUUGUUUCAGGCCUCUGAUUUUCCUUUUUUCCAACAUGGUAACUGAAACGCUGAGGUGUUAGGGGGAUGUGGUGGAAAUUGCCGGUUAGGGAGAGGAGCCGGCAUGGCGGCGAGGACAUCAGUCUUAUGGUAAAAAUCAACGUUAAAAAAAGGGAAAAAAAAAUAUGCCGGCGGCCGAACACGUCAUAACGCUAAAGUCUCACUCUUGUCGUUUUCUGAAACUUGGCAGCCCUGCAGUUCUGUUCACUUCAGAGCUCAUUAAAGAUCCUCCGACUGUUUGCUAACCCUCAGACUAGUUUGUCAUUCAGAAUCUGAACUCCUGUUUAGGAGAUUAGUCGCCUCAGAACAUCGCCAUCAAUCACAAACGUAAGUGGAAACACGUCAGCCCACAGGAACCACUUCACCAGGAUCCCAGACGGUCCCCUCCGCUGAUUGUUUUGCAUUUUCACCUGCCAGGGAAAUCAUCAGGCCGACGCAUCAUUGAGUGACAGCUUAUUUAACAGCCAAUGUUUUUACGCCCUGGACUUUACAACCGCACUGACAACACGUGAAGUGACAGACAUUAUUGGUGAAACACUUCAGCAGCAGCAGUAGGCGGGAGUUUGUCCUCGGGGUAGAGACUUCAGUCCUGGUCCUUCUGUCAGAGGUUUGUCUCCUCAGCUCCAUGAGGUCAGAGCUGAAGCCUGAAUAAAACAAGGACCUGGUCUUAGUGAAGGAACACAUUUGUUUCUGAACAGUGGAGGGGGCCAUAUUGGAAACUCUGACUCCAACGGUAGGGUUGAGCGGUAUCCAAAUUUUGAUAGCGUCAUACCGUCUCCACAUUUUACCAAGGUAUUCGUUAUUACAGUGGCUAAUUAAAAACUAUGACUUAAAGCUCAGACAGCGUCACCAAACUGUUGGCUUGUGCCGACACUGUUCAGAAACUGAAUACCGAACACUAAUAAUGAAACAAUAACAAGAUAAUGUGAACAAUAUUAACAACUUUAAUCAGAAACAGUUUAAAAAGUUCAAAACAGUCAAACAAUUAACAGAACCACCCAGAACAGUCUUUGCACAGACUGCUUCUUUUCUACCGUGUGGACAGAGACCGUUUCCUUCGUCAAGUGUUUUGUCUCUGCAUCAGUGCAGGUUUUCUAACGAACGCGACUUUGUUGUUUUCCCAAAGGCUCCCAUUAUUGUCGGCUGUGUAUUAGUGGCGUUGGACUUAGUUCUUGUUGGUUCUGCAUCAGUAUCAGCAGGAGGCGUUGAGUGAACUCAGGGAUAAAUGCGUCCUCGCAGCAGUGAGUGGAUGGUUGAUUCGGAGAUGAAUCUUUAAGUUGGAAGUGUUUCCACCUCUUGCAGUCACCUUUUUAUUAAACUAUUUACUUAUAUUUAUUACUGUAUUUAUAAAAAAAACACUAUUUUUCUUGCUCUGUCUUACUUCACUCUCCUUUCUCCAGUGGUACGGUUCAGAUUACUGUAAUAUAAACCAUGUAUCAUAUAUUAACAGAAAGAUACUCUGCAUACCCAUGAACUCUCACAUGAUCAAAAUGCCACAGUUAUAAAAAGUUCCUACCAAGAAUCGAGCCAUAGAGACCGAGAACUGUUUUAGGACUGGACUUUAAAACGGUUUGAUCCUGUUGUAAAGAUGAGAGUUUAAUAUGGAUUCUAAUGGGGUCUCCUUGACUUAUGAGGCCGGCCCCCAGGUGGAUAUUUUAGGAACUGCAGUUUCUCUCCUUCAUAGGCUAUAUUUUUCAGUACUAGAGCGUUUCAGUCAGCUAAAGAAAAAUGAACAAAGAAAAAGAAACGGGUUCACAGCUGCAGGUGACCAAAUAACCCGACCAAUCAGAAGUGUUCAGCACUGCGAGUUUGCAAACUUGACAAACUCCGCUCUUCCAAAGGUUCCUGGUCCCUGGGGAAAUUUGUCGAGGUGGAAAUUCAUCUCCUGUUUCAUUUUUACCUGAUCCUGCUGUUUCUUUCUGUCUUCACUCCGGUGGAAUGACAUGAACCGUCUCCGAGUGUUGUCAGAUUUCCACGGUGAGAAAAUGCUGAUGGUGUUGGUGGCUGUGUUUGUGACAGAGCUCCUGUCAGCUCACCGCCGCUGAACGGUCGCCAGAGUGAUGUCGGACGUCUGCUCGGGUCCUGGACCUGCACGGCUCACCUGGCAGACGCUCGGUGCUCAAAGUCAGAUUGGUGCAUUUGUUCAGCUGCACCUUUUUUCUGACGUUUCUCUGCAGAGUCUGGGAGUAAAGUCGGAGUGACAGAAGAGUGACACCGCCGAGCUGAAGCCUCGUUUCACUGUUGACUUUUGCUGAAAUGAGCUGCACAAAUAUUUGUCUGGAGCAACAGGACGUUAUUACAGUAUCUCAACACUUCAUCAAGAGGGUGAUUAUGUCUGAUUGGAGACACUUUGAGGUGUUUUCACACAGUUACAAAUUUCACCAUUUUCAGAAACGAGUCUCUUAAUUUUGAUGAACUUACUCUCGGGGUCGUGAAGUUGUACGUUUGUUGGAGAUGUCGUGAUGUGACAGGAAGUUUGAGUUAAAAUAGACAUCUUUGUAGGAGCCGAACAUGUUGCUGUGAUACAUAUGAUGAGCUGCAGUUCACUUUGUGUACCUUAGGUGUCGCUGUCUUGUUGUCUGGGGGCUAAGGGAUAAAGGUAGUCAUGUCAUUGUGGAUUUACCGGUCGAUCUACGUGCCGAUCUUCACCUAUGGUCGUGAACUUUGGGCAAUGACCGAAAGAACAAGAUCGCAGAUACAAGCGGCGGAGUUAGGGUAAGGAGCUCGGACACUCAGGAGGCACUCAGAGGAGAACCGCUGCUCCUCCACGUCCAGAGGAGUCAGCUGAGGUGGGAGGUCACCGGGAGGAGACCUCGUGGUCGGCCCAGGACCAGGUGGAGGGAUUAUAUCUCUCUCCUGGCCUGGGAGCGUCUGGGAAUCCCCCCCUAAAGGAGGAGCUGGAGGAAGUGUCUGGGGUGAGGGCCGUCUGGGCUUCUGUUCUGCGACCCGGACGACAACGUCACUGUUGUGGGCGGGUGUUUGACCCAGAAGGUAAAAAGGUUUUUGACCGUCGUGGUGUGUUUUCCUUGUUUGUUCAGUGUUGGAUAUCAGUUGCAAAUGGAUUUUGUUUGUUCUUUGCCAUAAAUUUUUUGGUUUGCUGAAUCUGAGGAACAGCGUCCGGACUUUCAAUGAUCGUAAUAACUCAUGGUAAAACUCAGUAGUGCGGCACGUCAACCAGGUUACUCCAGGUCAAACAUCUCAGUAGCUUCAAGUAUCUUUAUCUUUAUUAAAAUGAUGGAUCAGAUUCAGAGAUUAGAGUCAGAAUAUUGACUUUCCUCAGAGUUUAGUUGACUUCUUAGUUUUAAGAGUAACAGGUCUGUUCUAGUCGAGGAGAGACCUGUUGUUCUUUACUAUCAAACGAGUCUGAAAGUAUCAACAUCCUGAAUUUCGGCACAAAGCCAGUUUUAUAUCUUUAGCUCUUCCACGUGUUACGAGGCCGUGCUGAGUCACGGAGUGAAGCUCAGCCAAACUGGAGAUCACUUGUUGUCUUCGUGUUCAUGAUCCUCUCUUCACAAUUUGGUUGACACGCUGCAUAACAAGUGAUGUAAUGUGGCGUUAGCACAACGGUGCGCGGCGGAUAAAAACAACUUUCAUCAUGAAUGAUUUACAGGAAGAUGCUGUCAGGAACUGAAAAGUGAGACUGAAACUAACGGGCCUCAUCGGGUCCAAGAAUCACAGGCAUUGAGACCCGGUUCCAAGUUGGAACUGGUUCUUAAUGCUGCGGCCUAUUUUUGGGUCGGGACACAUUUGAAGAUACUCCAGGAAAUGACAUCACAGCGUGCAAACGUGUCUCUGUUGUAAUUGUGUUGCAGAUUAAAUGAGCGUCUUUCAAACCUUCUCAAACCUACAGAGUGAAAACAUGACAGUAAAUAAGAUUAAAUAUAUAACAGUAAAGAACCGUAAAUACCCGUAAAUAAGAGUAAAUGACAGUAAAUAAAUAACAGUAAAGAACUGUAAAGAACCGUAAAUAAGAGUAAAUAUAUAACAGUAAAUAAGAGUAAAUAAGUGUAAAUAAAUAACAGUUUCUCUAAUUGUUUUCAUUUUGCUUCUACACUCAUAAAGAAAAAUCACAUAAAGCAGAAGUACCGACGUUCACUCUGGCUGACCCAUUUCCAGUCUGAGUUCAGGAGGUUAACGACUCAAACAACACCAUGAGAAGAAGAAGAAGAAGAAGAAGAAGCAGCUUCAUCUUCUUCUUCUUCAUCCGCUUUCUUCUUCUUCUUCUCCUGAGCUGCAGAUAUUCUCGCAGACUCUGAGCGAACAGCUGUUCCGUUUGUCAAUCUCUGACUGCAGGAUUUUUCACAAUCAUCGUCUCUUCGGUUAAUUCGUGUUCAUGCAGAGAGAUCCUCCCUCUGCGCCCCCCCCCCCCACCUCGGCUCCAUUAGAUCUCCAGACAUAUGCUGCAGCCUGUCCCCCCCCCCACCCCCUGGUGCUUUCUCUGCUAAUUUCCCUGCACACACUGAGUCCAUCACGUCAGUCCAGCACCUGCUCGGCUCGGUUACCUUUCUCACGCUCGGCAGCUGUUGGCCCUGCGGUCAGGAGGACUGUCCUGGAUCAGUUUUAGACCCGUGUCUCUCUUCAGCUCCUAUAGAGUCCUCACUGAACGGAGGGGCUCGGCGGAGUCGGUGUUCAUUAUGGCGAUGCUUUAACGGAUGAGACUGUUGUGGUGGACAAAGUCCUCAUUAGUGCUGUGGAGGGUUUUCACCCUUGAGGUGGUAAAUGACUGGUGAACCUCCGCUGUUGGCAAAGACUAAUUAGCUGCUUCCCAUGUUUCUGUGCGGCCCGGCGUGUCUCCAGUCAAGUCUGAAAAGCGCAUUAAAUCAGGCCAACGUGUGUAAUGUGAUGAUGGAUGGAAGCCACGCUUGGUUACUCGCUCUCAUCUCGCGGUGGCGUCCCCUGCCAGGAGGGCAGGUGAGCCUGCUGCUACAACCUGAAGGUCAUCUGCAGCCGAGCCUCCGCUGCCAUUAGAUAUGCCAGCGGGCACAUUAUUGUGACAGCAAACUAAUCUGUGGCAAAGCCUUCGCCAAAUGAGGGGCGUGUGAAUGAGCGCGGGCGCAUUUAGCCGUAUGGUAUGGAGCUGAGGCGUGUCCGAAUCUGUCCGAGAGUGUGUGACAGUUCUGUGGAAGUGGAGGUUUUCUGCCGCCAUUGUUGUGGGUCACUGGGCUUGUCUCCUCCAAACCUAAACCAGCAUGACAACAGCUCUGUUAGCGAGCGCACCUGCACCUCCGAUUUACCUGAGAGUGAGCGAAGAUCUGAGAACUGAGCCUUUAAAGUUCGGAGUUUUAAAGCUGCUGCUCUGAACUUGAAAAGCAUCUUUUAUUCAUUUUAUUAGACUUUUCACAUCUCCAUUUACAUAAAACCUUGGGAACUUCAAAAUCAAACCCGAGCUGCUGAAGUACAAUCGAGGAUCUGCUGCGAGAGUCGAUCAUGUCUGCAGGUGAGGGAGCUUCAUUUUAAAGGACCUGAUGUGAGUUUUCUGUCCCCUGAGAGUGUUUGUGUGAGUCUGUCCACCUGAGUUUGGUUCAGUUCGCCUCAGUGUUGGACUUUUGGUCCCUAAAGAGACCGUCUUUGAUCUGGAUGAAGGGGUGACACCAUGAACUACUGUGGGCGUGGUCUUGGUGAGGUCGCCUAGAGGGGUUACAAAGCCCAAGGUUGGUGGUCGCCAUCCUGAAAAUGUUGAUCAACUUCCGACUAAUCAUAAAAUCAUGAAUCGUAGUCUAGAUCACUUCAGGUGAGAUAAGACCAGAAUUUACUGUAUCAGAGUUUAGAAGAAUAUAACGUUUGGACUUCUUGGCAGACAGUGAAGUCUCCCCCUGCUGGUCAGUAGGUAGAAUGCAAGAGUCUGCAGUGUCUAUCCACCCCUCCCCCCAUGUUUGUACAUGACUGAACCGUGCCCCGCUAAAUACCAAGACUGUAAUAUGCAGCUAAUUAGAGAUGGAGGCAGCGGGGCUGGCCUCUCCUUCAGAGGUAUCGAUUCCUUAUAAAGUUCAGGGUGAAUUAAUAAAAGCGGCUGAGUGGGACAGAUGCGGGCCGGGCGCAGGGACAGUGACAGACGGCAGAGACAAUCCAGCUCAUGAUGAAUAGGACUGUCAUCUUCAGCUCCAGCUACCUACCCCCCCCUCUACACCUGCACCACAUACGUGUGUUUCCAGUCUCUCUUGACUUGACCUUCACCAUCCAGUCCUGCUUGGCGUGCAUUUAGAGUAGAAGUGACUGGGCGAUAUGGGAAUAAAAUCACAUCAUGGUUUUUAUUGGCAGUUUAAACUCUGGAGCGUGCUCAGAACAGACCAGGUUUACACACGGAGGAGAGACGAGAUCUGCAGGUGCAGUUUAUUAUCGUGUUUAGAUCAGUCAAAUAAAACAUGUUACCUAAAUAUGUGCAGAAUCUUAGACACAAAUCUGUGUUAAAACUGGACUGCAAGACAGUUGUUUGAUACUUGGUUCUGAUUCAGCUCAUGAUUGGUUCGGUGCUGUGCAGUGUUGUUUUUGGCAGGCAUUUUAGAUUUAGUUUUAGUCUUAGUCAUUUUGACGAAAUGCUUCUUCGUUUUAGUCCCAUUUUAGUCAUUUCUAUCCUUGAUAGUUUUCGUCUAGUUUUAGUCCGACCAAAACUCAAAAGGUUUUCGUCUAGUUUUAGUCGACGAAAAGGUGCCUUUUGAGGUUCGUGGUGUUCUUUCCCGACAGUUUGAAGCAUGAGGAAGCUGUGGCUCCACAACUGUCGUCUGUCUCGUCUCCCCGUCCCGUGUUUUAUUGUCACUUUUAUUUUAUUGUCGCUUGAACUGUAUCUGAAGUAGGACCAAAAAUCAUCCCUCUUUUUUCGGCCACCGGGCACCGCUGCUGUGCCUGCCGCCACGGUGUGUGUGUGUGCGCGCCUCGUCCACCUGCCGCUCUGUGUAUGUGAAUGAGUGUGUGCGCGCAGCUGUGCGCGAGCGAGGCUUUUGGUGCGUGUGUGAUGGGGGCGUGACUGUUAGGACAAAAAAAAGCAUGUUUUGAAACUUUGUUCGUCCACCUAAUAACAAUUUAGUCUCGUCUCGUUCUCGUCUGACGAAAAUGAAUAUAAUUUUCGUCACAUUUUAGUCUUUACAGAGCUUUGGUGACAUUCGUCUUAGUCUCAUUUUCGUCAAGGAAAAAAGGGGUCUGACGUCGUCAUUUAAGUUUUCGUCCUGCCUGACGAAAACAACACUGGUGCUGUGCGACCUGGAGCAACUCCCCUUUUCAUUGGCUAUUCGUAUAAUCUACCAAAACAUGUCAGAAUGCCGACUGUCUACAACUAUAUUGACCAUGUUUUAUAUCGAUAUCGAGGAAAAUUACUUUUUGAUUUAUAUCGUUAUCGUUUUAUCGCCCAGCCCUAGUCUGGGUGGAUCAAAGGUGGUCGUCAUCGUACUCUGGCUGUAAAAUAAAAGAAAGUUUUGAUUGUGAAAAAUUAGAUCAUUUAUCAGCAAAUAUUCCGACUUUUGCAGGAUGAUCGUUACAAAAGCUUCUGUAGUGGUUAUAAUGUUAUUUCAGACUCUUGUGCAGUCAUUAUGGAUUUGACUAGAACAGCAUGAGACCCUCACACUCAGCUGGACCCGGUCUCAUCGUUUGCAGAUCUGUUAGGUGGAUAUCUGGGCUCAUUAGGCCUCCGAGCUGCAGAUAUAUGGACUCCAGGAAAAGCAGGGCCACAUUACCGUGUGGGUACAGCUUCUGCUAUCAACCCCGCCAUCGCGGCGUAUUCAUCUGAACGCCGUCUGCACAGUAUUUCUGUCAUGCUCCCACUUAUCUACAUUGCAGCGCCUUACUGAAUGGAAAACAAUAUGAUAUCUGUGACAGAUCCAUAAAUUAGAAUUGUGCAGAGAAAGGCAGUAAACAAUCAUCUCAGGGCCCGGCAGAAAGAGGCGAGUCAUCGCUGUUUGACAGCAGGCGGCAGGAGAGAAGGAUCAGCUCUAACAGCGUGGCAGCUCCUAAUUGGAAUCGUUGGUAUUAUGUAUGAAUGAGUCGUGUUUUACUGACGGAGGGAAGGAUGUUGUUCAGAGGAAUGCUGGGAUUGUGUGAUGUGAGGAUUCCCUCGGCCUUGGGCUCACCUCCUUCAGAAGAAAGAAAGUGGGUGAGAAGGCCUCGGCUCAUUACAGCCUCUCGGCGCCAGAACAACUGAGCGGAGGAUUACUGCAUCUGUGCAAACACACACAACACACACACACACGAAACACACACACAGAGAAGACCAUUAGCGGGCUCUAAAUGAGUGGAAAUGGGUGAAAAGGCUCAAUUUAGGGGAAGAACUGCUGCCGUGUAUCUGCCAUAACUAUAACUAUAAUAGUGAAUAUCCAAACAGGCUCUCCUACUUAGUGAGCUGAAAACCAUAUAAUGAGAAAAAAAUCUGCUUUGUGGAAGAUAAAACAUCAUAAAAUCACUUUCAGGUUCCCUUUUUAGUAGAAAUCACAUGAAAUCAAAUGUAAACAAAGUGUCCCCUCAGGACGCCCUUUAGAAGAGUUAAUUAGGGGGUCCGUCAGAGUCCCCUUUAAUGGGUGAAAUGAACACAAGGUGCCUUCAUAAUGCCCUGUUGAUGCCAUUUGUGUAGAUAAAUGUAAAUAGAGGGCCAAGUGUUCGACCCUCUAAUAGAUAAAUUGUAGAAAGUGUCGUAUAGAUGUUUUUAAGUAGAUAUAUUCCAACAAAGUGCCCCCUAGAGGCUCCUUCAGUGAACAAAAGACCCUCUGGAAGCCUUAAUGAAGUGUAAAAAGUGCCCCUAAGAGACACUCUGGUCAAAAAAAUGUAAAUAAAGCACCAUCUGGGGGUCUAUAAUUAUAACUAUAAUAGUGAAUAUCCAAACAGGCUCUCCUACUUAGUGAGCUGAAAACCAUAUAAUGAGAAAAAAAUCUGCUUUGUGGAAGAUAAAACAUCAUAAAAUCACUUUCAGGUUCCCUUUUUAGUAGAAAUCACAUGAAAUCAAAUGUAAACAAAGUGUCCCCUCAGGACGCCCUUUAGAAGAGUUAAUUAGGGGGUCCGUCAGAGUCCCCUUUAAUGGGUGAAAUGAACACAAGGUGCCUUCAUAAUGCCCUGUUGAUGCCAUUUCUGUAGAUAAAUGUAAAUAGAGGGCCAAGUGUUCGACCCUCUAACAGAUAAAUUGUAGAAAGUGCCGUAUAGAUGUUUUUAAGUAGAUAUAUUUCAACAAAGUGCCCCCUAGAGGCUCCUUCAGUGAACAAAGGACCCUCUAGAUGCUUUAAUGAAGUGUAAAAAGUGCCCCUAAGAGACACUCUGGUCAAAAAAAUGUAAAUAAAUUUCCACCUGAGGGUCUAUAAUUAUAACUAUAAUAGUGAAUAUCCAAACAGGCUCUCCUACUUAGUGAACUGCACCCUAUAUAAUGAGAAAAAAGCUGCUUUGUGGAAAAUAAAACAUCAUAAAAUCACCUUCAGGUUCCCUUUUUUAGUAGAAAUCACAUGAAAUCAAAUGUAAACAGAGUUCCCCCCAGAUGCUCCUUUAGUGAACUAAAGACCCUCUGGAAUCUGUAAUGAAGUGUAAAAAGUGCCCCUAAGAGGCCCUCUGGUAGAAAGAAUGUAAAUAAAGCACCACCUGGGGGCCUCUCUCACUAAUAAGUGACGAUAAGGGGCCCCUGGAUGCCCUUCCAGCAGAUCAAAUGUGAAUGAAAACCCUCUGGAUGCCUGUUUAGUAAAUCCAACGGCGUGUCUCGUUGAUGCCCCUUCUUGAAUAAACGUAAACAAAGUACGCUCUGUAAUGUGGAUGAAAUGUAAACAGUGUGAGCUGAGUGUAGGUGUAGGUACAUCAAACUGAAGGGCUGAUGAAACAGAGUUAUAACUGCUCCUACAUGCAGAUUCUUGUUCAUCAUACCUCUGCACCGGGUCAAACUGCAGCAGCUCCUCUUUCUAUCGUUUUCUGCUCCUGCCUGAUUAUACCGCCGUGCUCUCAGGUAUGAUAGUGCAGCAGCAGCAAAGAUGCACCAUAAAUUAUUCAUGCAUGUAUACAAGUCACUUAGAAACUCAGUUGGAGGAAUAAGUAAUCCAUUAAAGAGCAUGCAUGCAGAUAAUUCUGCGUUAUGAGGCUGCAGUUUAAGUCGAACCGUGAGCACCACUGUGGAGAUGUUCGAGAUGAACAGUCAGAAUCUUUCAGAGCGGACCCAUGCAAACGCAGACAUGGCAACGGCGCUCUAAUUGCCCGAACGCUGCGGCUGCACAGACUCAGAGUCAGUUCCUGCAGGAUCGAUGCCCCGGGUUAAUGGCAGGAGGGUUCGGCAUCUUCCAGUCGGUUCCACCUCUUUGGACCUGAUUUAAGGGUACGAGCCACUUGGCGUUGAAAAGACGUGAUGCAUUCAGAGUUUGAGUGUGCGCUGAAACUCAGCGGUGUAAGGUUACCGGGGGGAUGGGGGCCCCGGCGGUCACGGUUAAACAGGAUGUCUGAAAGGCUGUGACUUCAUGCUUGUGUUAAGGUCACUGUGGCUGCUGGGAGUGUGUGUGACUCCAUGUUGGUUUAGUGAGGCGUGAGCGUUUUCUCUCUCUCUUAGUUCGGCCUUUUUGUUGUUUUAUUCGCCCUCUGUGGUCGGCGCUUUGGUCACAGCUCUCACAUCGCAGCUGCAUAAAAAUACACUCACUGUAAAAACUGUCCUCAUUACUAAACCUCUGAAAGUUUCAUUUACCUCACAUAGAUGUUUGAUUCAUGGUCUCAUUUUCACACAGUGGAGAGAAGAGAAUAUUGUUUUUAUUUUUUAAUAGUUAAUUAUUUUAAAAAGUUAAUGACUCUUCCUGCAGUCAGGGUCGCAGAGUCAUUUUACCUCAAAUUAAAAAGUUAUUAAAUUUUAACGUUUCUCUCCCGCUCAGAGAAGCAGCGAAUACUCGUGGUCAUCACUGCGUCUCGUUGGUAUAAUUAAAUAUUUAUCAUGUUUUUCUCUUUAAUUAGAGUAAGACACCACUGUAAUUAUCUGUUUGCAGUAACUCAUCGUGUUUGUAGUUACAUUAAAAAACCUCGGACUGACGGUUGAUAAAGGCUCUGUGAGGAUCUUUGGGUUUGUGUCGAAUUUUGCGCCCCCCUGUGGACAAAGCAGGAACUCUGACUGCUCUGCUGAUUGUUUCACGUUAAAGAUUUACAGUCUCUAAAAAAGUGUUUUAGCCAUAAUGGAUGUUGUUCAGCUCGACUCCUUUAAUGAGAAGCUGCAGGGAGAACCGUCUCGUAAGCUAACUCGAACCCGAACUCUAAAGGUCCUCGACGCAAAUAUACGACGCGAAAUUAAGCAAUAUUCGUAGGCGAAUUUUGACGUGCCUGACUAUACACAGCAAGCGCAAUGCGAUUUUGCGACUUUCCGUCAAUAAACACAUUUUAUCGCAGCUGCGUAACAUGACUGUAGAAUGUAAACACGCUCUUGGAUAUCCGGUCGGUCGGUCCUGACUCUCUCACCCUGGAUCAGGCUCUUGUUCAGGUGGAUCAGACCUUCAGACCUUUGCACAUAAAGCGAUCUGACACCUCAGAUGUCAGAUGGAAACCACUGAGUGCCUCACAGAGAUGCUCAGGGAUGUUGUGCGCUCUGAAAGGUCAUGAAACGAGACGCUCAAAUCCUCCACACCCCCCACACUUCUGUUUGUCCCCCUCCACUCCCCCAGCCUCCUCUCCACCUGAAAUGAGCUCCUGUGCUGCUUGAGACGGCCUCAUUACGCACAACCAGGAGUCAAGAGCAGAGAUUGAUCAGCUAUGAGCUCAUCGCUGAGUCAAUGAGGACUCGCCGUUCGGCCCGGCGCCCGGUUUGUUUGCUCUGUAAUUACCCAGAUUGUAGCAGCGCCAUGGUCGACACAAGAGCACACGGGGGAGGAGACAAAGAUGCACACCUCAGUGCAGCGAUGGACUCCAUGUCCUUUUGUUUUAUUAGUAACGAUUAGCAGAUACUCAAAUGUCAUCCAGACUCGUAUUUUCAAACAUGUCCCCCCAGGAACCAGGUCUGCAAACAACUCUGCUGCUCUCCUGUUUCUGUGGCACAGACAGGAUCAGAUCUCAGGACUGUUUACUCUGUACUGGACAGAAAAACACAAACAUAGAGUAAUCUGACGGUGCUGAGGGGGAGUGAGGGGGUCCGACUGUGAGGAAAGGCUAAAUUCACAUUUCAACAUGGAGACACUUUGGUUAAAAGUACAGAGAGGAAAUUUUAACGGGUUAUGAAACAGAUUCUGACGACUCUACAUGACCUACAAAAUCAAAGUAUGGAGGCCCUAAAGGGACAUUAACACUUAGAACUCUGCUGGAUCGCCGUCGAUCCCACGUGACACCAUGAACAUUGUUCGCAGUUUCUCAGGAACUAUUCCGCGUUUCUCUACGGGAUAAAAAGUGUUCAAUAGUUUACCCUUUUGGUGAUCUAUCGAGGGUUUCCAGACAUUUCUACACCUGCCACAAGGUUUACAAUCCAGCCACAAAAACAGGUGUUUGAUCAGAGACGAAAAACAGGAUUAUUUAUUAUAUUGUUGUGAUAAGAAAAGAUCGCUAUCGCUAAACGCCGCUAAUGCCUUCCAGGGGCCGUAUGCACGUUGCUUGGCAAAACGCAUUUAGCGGGCUAAACGCGUUUAACUCCUAAACGCCAAAAAUGUCGGUAUGCACGUCACUUCGUAUAGCCGUUCCUAUACGGAUUUUCGCGUUUAAAGUUAUCGCACCUCUGGGGGUCCAAUAGCGGGUCUAAACGCGUUUAAAUACGGCGGCACUCUUGUUGUUCCAAGGAAGACAGCGGCGACAAUUGCGUCGAAACAGGAUUUUUCGUGACAGAAAACACCCCUUCGACACGUACGACGACCACGAAGUGUUCCGUAAGUUUAGAUUUCGACGGCACCAUAUUCUCGACCUCACACAGGAGAUUUCCGCUGAAAUUGAACUUUCAAAAACGAGGAUUCACCCUCACUCCACUACAACAAGUCCGCGUAACCUUACGGUACUACGCCACUUCUUCUUUCCAAGACGUGUGUGGGGAGUUGGUAGGAGUGGAUCAGUCGAAAGUCAGUCGAGCCGUCACUCGAGCGUCACUCGACCCGUUUAAGACACAGUAAACGCGGUUAGCUAUACGGUUCCGUUUACAGCAUUGUGCAUACCAAAAUCGUAUAGGAACUAAACGCGUUUAAGGCCCGUAUAACUAAACGCGUUUAAGCCCUAAUCGCGUUUACGCUAAACGCUUUCAACGUGCAUACGGGCCCAGGUUUGACGAGCUGUUUUGAUGACAACUUUUUCUGUCAAACUUUCGUCCUUAGUGUCCAAUAAGAGGCAAGAAGGUUCCCUGCUUGUCUGCAAAAUCAGAAAUAAUGGUCCUCAAUGUUUGGAAACAAGCAGAGAAGAGAUUGUGAGCAGUCUGAUGUGGUCCUCUGUCUCAUCCCAGGAGUGGCAGAAACAACUGUAAAGAGUAAAAAAACACCUGGAAGAAUGGGUGUAAAUAUGUCAAUAGUUUCUGUUGUGUGUUUGUUCCAAUCCCAAUAUUUCUGCUCCUGACAGCCAAGAUGUGAGAGAAUGAUGUUCAGGUGAGGAAAGGUUUGGUCACUGUAGAUUUAUGUGGUUUUUAGAGCAAAGUUCUGUUGGGAUCAGUUUCCGUUUUUGUGUUUUGGUUGACUUCGAUGGUUCUGAAUCUAUUGUCACAUUUAUUUUACAUCAUUUUUGCUCCAUAAACUGACAGCUGAGGUUGUCCUGAAAAAAAUAUGUGUUUAUAUUUGCUGUGAUUGAAUAAAAUAGAAAAAAAUAUCUGGGAGUUCGAAGGGUUAAGGGGGGAAUCUAGGUUGGUUCUGCUUCACACUUCCUCUCCUGUACUCUGGAGUGAGAACCAGCUGAGCGUCCAGGCUGGGUUUAUCUGUCAGGUCAAUCAGGUCAGCGGGGGGCCGAUCCGGAGACGGGCCCUUAAAUAUGAAACCUGCCUCCAUUAACUUUCAGUUUUAAAGGGACGGGUCUCUGAGCUCUAAGCCGUGUCUCUUUUAAUUAACUCCUAUAUCAGCAGGAGUGAAUCGAUGAGCGCAGACAUGUGAACGCAGCGCCGCUGCUUCAGAGAGCCGAGGUCAUGUGGACACGGGCGGGGGGUCAAAUAUGUGACGGGUGCAGUGGGGGUUAAAACCGUCUUCUGCCUCCUCAGCACUUUCAGACCUCAUCCCCUCACUCACACACACACACACACACACACACGAUUUUAAUGGUGUUCUAUUAAAACGUCGGUGGACUGCAGGGUUGGAGCAGAUAAUCCUGUUACAGAGUCACUGUAUGGAUGUAACCAGGCUGGGAAAUAUGGCGGCAUUAUCAUAUCACUGUGAAGAACCUAUAAGAAGCAGGACGGUCUCACUUUAAUGUUCCUCUUCUGCACUUUGAUUGGCCUCGGACAUGGAGACGGUUCGUCUUAGAGGUUAUUUAUACGAGGGCAGUAAAGUCAUCUAUAGUACGUUUGAUAUUCAUGUAUUUAGUGAAUAUAAUAAACUCGCUCUGCGGCGCUGUUGCCGGGUGAAAUGAUGGGGCUGCAGUCUCUGUGCAGUUUCUGUUCGACCGUCGGCUCAAGUCCAAUUACUGUCCAGAUUCUCUGAAUUAAAGUGGAGAGGUUCUAGUUCAGUCCUGUAGUUCUGCUCAGGUUCUCGCUCUGACUUCACUAAUAAACAUCCUCAGGGUUCUGCUCGUGUGUUUCAGCUACACAAAGAAAAAAAAAAGAUCCAGUUUCAGAGAUUAAUGAGGAAAAUCAACGUAUGGCGAUUAGUUUAGAGUUUUAAAAUCUUUGCAUCAUUGAGUCUGUUUUGGGGUUGGAACUGUGUGGAGACUUCUCUGGGAUUGGUUCUGGAUAUGGACCCAGCACUGGUACUUAGAUACUCGUAGAAGAGUCUUGGUCUGAAUCAAGACUUGGUUUUCAGGACCUGUGACUUGGUUUUGACUUAGUCCUGAUGACAGGUACUUGCAUGUAGACUCAGGCACUAUUGACUCAGACCUGAACUAAUAUUUGAGUGACUCUGGUGACUCGGACUUGGUCCUAAACACUGUCUUGGACUCUUGCUUCGACAGUAGCACUUAUGACUUAGACUUGGACAUAGGAGCUCUGACAACUCUGACUUGUAGCAGGACUCGAGGAAUGAUGACUUGGACUAAUAAGGACUGAUAACUUCGACUUGUACUUAGACUUGAUGACUUAGACACGACUUAGAUUCAAGGACUGAUGACUUGGACUUGAACUUAGACUUUUACUUAGAUUUGAUGACUUGGACUUGAGGACUUAGACACGACUUAGAUUCAAGGACUGAUGACUUGGACUUGAAUUUAGACUUGUACUUAGACUCAAGGACUUAGACUUGAACUUAGACUUGAUGACUUGGACUUGUACAGCAGCACUCUGACUCCUGUUUUGUUACAGAUCGUUUUUCUGUUUGCUCCUUUUUUACCGUCUGUUCUCGUUUGAUCUUUACAGGCUGUUUUGUCAAACUGGUUUUAAUUAUUAGAUUUUGUAUUUUAAAGCUCCAUCAUUAAAGGACGGGAUUAACAGAUUAAUUUUGGCUGUUAAUGUUGUAGUAUUUAACAUCAGAUUAUUUGCUUUUCCUCAUACAAACAGACACUAAAUGAACAAAAGUCUGUAAAAAUGAGGCUGAUUGGAUUGAGGCUGUGAUCUGCACCUAGUGAAGUAAAAGGAGAAUAAAGUAUCGACAAACUAACACUUUUAUGAGCACUUAUAAACAUUUAACAGCAGUUAUAACUCCAGCCAAUGCAGUGACACUAAUGUGCACGCUCCAGAGCAGAUGCAAAUAUCACAUUCAUGUUCUUGCCUCUAUACUCUUGAAAUUUCGGUGUUAAAUGAGGACCAACAGCUUCGCUUUGGGCUGAAAAUGAUUUGCACGCAUGGAUGCAACAAGUCUGAACCUGGUCUUCCUGCAUAUACUUCAAGAUAGGAAGAUUUCUCUCCAGUGUUAGUGAAGCUGAUUGAAAAUAGCCUGAAAACAGAAGAACAUGUAAAUCUGGUAUUUGCAUGAUGCAGAGCAGCUCUACUACAGCGACCGAACACAGAGAGACACGCUGCAUUACACUGAACACAUUACAAAGAGUGUGGAAACAGCUCUGGUGAUAAAUGCCACACUGGUACCGUCUCACAAAUAUGCAUAUGAUAUCAUUGUGGGCCAGCUUGGCAGUGGGCCGAUCCAUCACAGCCUGCAGUAAAGUGGAGCUCUGUCUUCUCCUAAAGUCAGUGAGGACUUGGAGGGGACGAUGUGAGAUAGAUCAUAUCUGGUCUGUGCUCAAAGGCACCUCCAGGAAGCAGGCAGUUAGUAAAUUGCUUAUGUAAAUAGCGGGGCUGUAAUAAUCCUUUGUUGAUGGAGACGGUGACGUGACGCUCUGACGGCCGAGACUCCUCAGUUUUUUUUUUUUUUGGAUUAUAAGAAACCCUCAAGUUUUGACUCAGCAGUUUGACUCCAUGGAUUUAAUAAAGGAGAUCAAAUUACAACAGCAUGGGCAGCUUUAUAAAUAGCGUGAUAGUGUUUAAAUUAAACGACGGCGGCUCGCGGGCUCAUUAGCGGUCAUUGAGAGCGAGUGUCUUUGUUAAUCAAAGCUGACAGCCAUAAUUGGAGUCCUCGGUCACUGAGCCAAUGAAAUGCUGUUUAGGAGCUCGUCUUCACAGCGUGGAGCAAAAACACACAUGCAGUUAAAAUACUUUAAUGCUAAUACAAGUAUACAAGUACAGGAAGAGGGGCUGCGUGAGGAGUAUCUGUCCUUUUCCGAUGGACUUUAUUUACUAUUUUUAAUAUGACAAUAGUUUACAGAAUUCACUUCAUUGUAUUCAAAUAAAGCAUAUAUAUAUAUAUAUAUAUAUAUAAUUUAAACAGUAUUUGUAAUUUUCUCACAGAUUUGAUUUGUAACCAUCAGAUUCUGAUUUCUCAGAUUUCACAGCGCCUCAGAUGAUCCGAGUUUGUUUUCAGAGUCGAAAUUCAGCGAAGUAAAAGUCUUUAAUCCAGAGCAGGAAAAAAAAACAGUAUUUAUGAAGUUAAGAGAUAUUUCUUUAAGAGGAUUAUGACUGAUUUCAGCAUUUUCUUGUUUUUUUAUUCAAAAGAAAUUUUAUUUUGUGAUAAAUUUUCAUUUUUUUAAAUUGUUUUUAUGUUAUUAUAAAAGUUAUUUUGUUUUGAACUAAACUAUUAAUGUAUGUUUGUUCAAAAAUUUUAAAUAAAUUAAGUAUUUUUUAUCUUUUAUUAUUAUUAUAAUGAAUAUUAUUAUUUUUUUUUAUAACAAGAAAAACUUCCAGCAGUUUUAUAGUUAAAGUAUAGUUAUAUAUUAUUUAAUAUUUUAUCUUUUAUUGCUUAUGUUAUUCCCCAAUGUUAAAUAUUUCAAUAUUUUUACAUUAUUAUUAUUAUAGUUAUUAAUGUUUUGGUAUUAAUUUUUUGUUUAUUUCAUUGAACAAACUGUACUUUCCUUUUAUUUUUUCAUGUAUUAUUGUGACUUAAAUAAUAUUAAUUUAUAUUUUUUAUAAUUUUCAUUUCAUUAUGCUGUAUUAAUUUUAUAUAUGUAUAUUUUUGGUCUUUGUCGUCCUGGUCUGCCGUCACUCUCUGAUAUCGUUUAAAUUUAUUUAUCAGCUGUGGUUUAAGGGAAGCUCUGUGUCGUGGUCGCUCGUCUCUCUCUCUCUGUCGGUUUAGAGCCUCUGACUCAGACCUUUGUUCACAUCAAUCUGUUCUUCAUCACCUUUUUCAGACUGAUGUUGAGGAAGACGCAGGUGACCCUGAAACUCUGUUGGUUUGUCUCAAAUUUAUUCCGCACACGGAGGUCAGAAAGCAGCCGACCACAAAGUCCCGUGACCUUCUGCCUGUGAAGGUCAAGGAUGCCCCGGCCGCCCACCAUCUUCACGCUGCUGUCUGGCAUAAAUGUGUGUGUGUGUGAACACACCCAGCAGGCCUCACAUCAGCUUGAAACGCACACACACACACACACACACACACUGCUCACAGCUUCACACACAUGAAACCUGCCUGUGUUGUGUCGCUGGGGAUUGUUUGUCAGCAGUUUGUGAGCGCGCCGGUUUGAAGGCUUUGAUUUGAAAUGAAGCUGUGAGCUAAAAGACGGGCAGCGUGGAGACGUGGAGAUACUAGACAUUUCCAUUUCUCACCAUGCUCUUACUCAUCCUUCGCCAGCGAGCUGGUGCUCCGCUGGGCUAUAAAUAGGAGACAGGAGCUGGUGGAGAGAGGAAUGCAUUUCCAUCGAGACUCUGUCUUCAUCUGGCGUGGGUUUUAUGAUCAGAGAGAAGCGGUGGAGGACAGACUUUCGGGCUGGUUCAGCUAAAAGUAUUUACACUCCUUUUCCAGCGGUGGGGAAAGUGUUGCCAUGGCAGUGUGGAGCAGCAAAUUAAAAAAGUCUUGUUGCUGUGUUUUUUUUCUGCAGGAGUCAUACUGCAGCAGAAUCUUCUUUUAGCACAGAAACAUGCUGCUGCAAACUCUGAUGAAGUUCCACCUCCUCCUCCUCCUGUGACACUUCACACACACACACACACACAGACAGACGGUAUGCAAAGCAAACACAGCGCUGCUGCUGCUGCUGCUUCCUCUCCUGCAUGCAAAGAGCUGCUGUUGACAGGCUGGGUUUGUGUUUAAUCAGAGCGGUCUGAGAGCGUCACAGCUCUGGUGGGAUCUCAUGACCUGCUGGCGGUCUGCAGGAAGCAUGUGAGCGUGUCUUCCUGUAAGUGAACGCUGUCGCUCGUCUAUAAAGAGGGCCACAUGUCCAGAGUUUGUUAUGAGAGGAUCUGAAUGUUUCUGCUUCAGCUGUCUGUGUGUGCUAAAGUCAAACUGUUGUUGUCUCAGAGGGAUUGAUCCCAGAGUGGGUGAGGCUGUUGACUCAGCUCUGACAUUUGAUUUGUGCUUUUUCCAAGAGAACUAUUACAACAUACUUCAUAACUCAGAUCAUCCUUUAUAAACUGAGACAGUUCUUCUCUCUAAACCCAGAUCUGCUCUGCCUGACAUGAGUCUGGUUCUGCUCGAGGUUUCUACCUGUUCUCCUCCGAUUAUCAUAUUAACCUAACCCCCGAUCUCCACCUUCAUCUUGAUCGUCUCCUAAAAGGUCGUAUCCUCCGAUUGUAGCUGAUCGUAACCAUUCAAGUUAACGUGUCGAUUUACACCCUAACCCUCUGGAAGGACAGUCUCCUGUGAAGGUAGAUUGUAAAUAAGAAAUCAGACUCUGUGAAUCCCUGAUUUUUAGUCCACUUUAGUUGAACUUUUUGUUUAUUUUUCCUCCGUCAUGCUGCAGAGUUUUGGCGUUUUCCGUCCUUCAGAGAGCGUUGCAUCGUUCCCCCCUCAGUCGAGUCCAGGACUUUAACUGCGUUCAGUCUUUAUGUGGAAAAACUGGCCUGAUGCAAACAUCUCUGACUCUGGUAUUUGUGUCUCCUCCUCUGUGGUCGUCUGCAGGCCCAGCAGCGGAGCUCCAUUACCGCCCCGUUACACUCAGAGAGGACGAUUAUCGGCCUGUCAGAGAAAGGUUACUGAGAUUUUCCUCCAAUCAGCUGCAUAGAAACACGGAGAGUGUCGUUCAGCCUGACAGUCAGCAGGUUACAGGGAGGCGGAGAGGAUCAGUGAUGGACCUCUCUGACCCGGGUCCUGAGGAAAACCUCGGGGACAUCCCAACCUGGACGUGAACUGGAGGGGAGGCAAACAGGAAACAGGAGGGGGGAGGAAGUGUGUGAGUUAGUGGUGAGGAGAGGAGUUCCUCCUUUUUCAGGAAACAGAAACAGUUUCAGAGUUUUUGUUGUUCUGAGCCUCUGGCAGCGUCUCUGAAGGAAGGAGGUGCAGAGUUUAGUAAAUCCAGAUCUUUUCACACCUGCGUCAGACGGACCUGAAAGCUCUUCUUGGCAGUAAUCAAGGCUGCAAAGUGCAUGAGCCGACAGAGGCGUGUUUUUGCACAGAGAAGCGAACACUCUGCAGGUUCCUGGAGCUUUUAAAAGGUCCUGAUGCUGCUGUUGCCUGGGAAACACUUUGCACGCUGUAAAUGCCCCUUUUUUCCAGGAGAGAAUCGAAGGUUAUCCGUUUAUUGUCUCCUCCUCCUCCUCCUCCUCCUCCUCCUCUCUUCGCCUCUCUGUUCUCCACGUCCAGUAAAACAUUUCUCGGUGCAGACUUCUUCUCAGUAGAAAGCCUUCAUCACGACUCGGCGUUCUGGCUCCAGCUCCAGCUCUUCACUUCCUUCCGUUCGGUCGGCUCUUUGGAAUAAAUGUAACGCUAGGAUGAGCAGGCCGCCGCCGCCGCCGCACUUUUCAUUCCCAUCUUGAAUUAUUGAAUCGCCUGUGAGGCUAUCCUUCAAAUUAAUGCUUCCUUUGAUGCAAAAUUGAAUAUAAACCCGGAUUCUGUCAAACACAGUUUGAGGAGAGUCUGCUGCUCCUCAUUUUCUGCUAUUAUUUUAUCAGGAGAACCCUCGAGGGAGAACGCAGGAGGCCUCAUUCUGCAGUCUGUUGCCUCAUUGCUGUUUAGUUCUCCUGAUUUGUCUUUCUUUGCUCGGCGCUGAACUCACAUCCUCCUACGCAGCAGAGUACAGUUAGUGUGUCUAAGGCAGUGGGAGUGUCAGAGACGGUCAGGUUCAGCAAGUCUGUUCACUCAGAGCUUCAAACAAACAGACUGGGAUUCAUUGAUCAGAAGAAAGAAAGAAAGGCUGCAGGGCUCCACAGCUCACAAAAAAAACCCACUAAGAUACGAGUCUGUGCUUCAUGAAGAGAGAGCAGAUUAGAGGAGUGUUGUAGUUCUGAUAUGGUCGUGAUAAAUCUGCACCAUCAAGGUCAGAGUCAGACAGGAGAUCACAGACGGAUGUUAACUCGGCUGAUUCCUGAGACUGAUCCAGUCUGCAGACACUGCAGGCAGUCUCAUCAGUCUUAGUAACAACCCUGGUGCCCAUUUCACCGUUUAGCCGUCUACCUGCUGAGUGUAAGUGAGGUGAAAUUGGAGGAAAAGUGCCACAGUGUCAUGGUGUGUAAUGGUCAAAGAUGGUGAUGAAAAACAAAAGCUGAUUUCUGGAGACUGAUCAGUAUUGUUCAUUGGUGUACGGUGACUGAACAAACAUCUAAAACGUGUUUCUGUCUCAGAGUUGAAGUGAAAUGAAGGUUUGAAGAUGAAGUUCCUGCAGGAUGGAAGCAGCAGCACAAAGUGUUGAGUUUGCAUAAAUAAUAUCGUACAGAGGAGCUUUUAAGGAGGACGCUGUUUCUGCAGGUCAGCGUGGACACUUCCUCAUGCUCCUGCUGCAGUGGAUGACUGACUGAAUGAAUGAAUGAAUGAAUGAAUGAAUGAAUGAAUGAAAAUCUUCACUCCAUUUUGCUUGUAGAGAUUUGGGACACUUCCUACCGUUGAGGAUCUACUGCCAGUUUAUUCACCAUUUUGAGGAUGUACCUCACUAAUCCGUGUUGGUUUAGAGAACAGACCCUAAAGACUGUAUUUACUCUGGACGACUUGGUUCCGCCUCCCAUCUGUACACAGAUUUGAAGCCGAAAAGCUCUCAGUAUUUCUGCCUUUUUUUUCCACUUCCUAAAACUAAAAUUGCACAGUCGUGUUGCACGCACUUCACCACUUGCGCAGUAGCGUUGUAUGUAUUUGGCGGAUGAGUCGCCGAUAGUCGCUGUGAUGACGCUCGGCUCAAACAGCGUAUCCCCCUGGGUGAGCUACGCAAUCCCUGCUUAUAAACCAGGAACAAUGAGUGCUGUUUAAUCUGACAAGAAGUAAGAAAGUAACAAGUUACAGCUGUUACAGAAUACUCAACAGAACGUCUGAAUUCUAAGAUUAAAGUCUGUAGAAUCUGGCUUUGAUCCUGGAAUUCUGGCUUUGAUCCUGGAAUUCUGGCUUUGAUCCUGGAAUUCUGGCUUUGAUCCUGGAAUUCUGGCUUUGAUCCUGGAAUUCAAAGACUGAAGUUUGGAUUCUAAGACUAAAGUCAGUAUAAUUCUGACCCUUUGUCUCUUUGUCCUGAUUAAUAGGUAGUCAGAUUGAUCGAGCAUCAUCUAUCGCUGUCACCUUUUCUGUUUUUUUUUUCAUCGCCCUUUAACAUGAUAUCAAAUCUGAAACAGUCAGCUGUCAGUGUUUUAAUCCAGAUUCUGAUAUGAUCUGUAGAGUAAUGCAGGUUAGUGUUACACUCUUAUUUAGAAAUCUUAAGCAUCACCUAAAAUCUGUAACUCUUCAUGGAUUAGUUUAAAAUUCAUCUCUAACUAGUUUCUGGUUAAGAUGAGUGUGUGUCGGGAAAUAUCGUAUAUAUUAUUAUCUACAGUUAUCAGAUAAAAUACUCUCUGCAGUCAUUUUGUCUUUUAUUCCUAAGUGUAAAUAAAUAGGUGUCUUUUGUCCCCGUAGUUUUACACAGAGAGGACUCUCCCUCCGAACCUUUUUCUGUGACCUGUGACAGACAGACGUCGUUUCACUCCCUGCUGCUGCAGAGGUAGUUGGAGGUUGAAAACAUUCAGGUCAGUGGAGGAAUGUCACCCGUGUCGCCUCGGAGGUUUAUUUAUGACACCAUGGUUUGAAUUUCACAGCCGACAAUCACAGACUUAAAGCAGUUUGAUGAGCUCCACAGAUAGGUGAAGUCGGCGCUGAAACAUUUGCAUUUAUUCUGGUUCUGGUCGGCCGUCUGUGUGUGUGGUUGAUACUGAAUUUGGUUAUCCUCUCAUGUGUGUGUUUGAAGGUUGGAUGUCAGUAAUAAAGGCCUUUUAUGAUCCUCCCUGUGACCCUCUUUAAACCUCCUCCUAUGUAAAGACGCUUGUCCUGAGUCAAACCGGUUAGACGGAUCCUAUAGGGGCCUCAGGCAGCAGUGACAGCCUCAUGAAACACUGAUGGAUCUAGAGUUACAGUCCAGGCUCAUGUUGAAGCCGUGCUGCAGUGAAGGUACCCUCCAGAGUCUUUGUCAGGGGGGGCCAGGAAACCUCACCGCAGGUAUGAUCUCCUCGGUGUAAAGCCUGCAGACGUGUCGAUGAUCAGCUCAGAUAAUCCAGAGAAGGGGAGGUUCAGAGAUCCAGUUUGGAACCUCCUGAACCCCCCCUCCUUUAAAAUCUGGAUCACUGUAAAUGAACUCUCCAAACAGGACCACAGCAGUAAAGGUGAGAGAGAGAGAGAUGGAGCUGUGGGUGUGUCCUCUGAAGGUCCCAGCUUUGGUGACUGGAGUCCGUCUAAACUCAGUCCUGGAUUCAGAUUAAAACCUUCAUAUCUUUGUUUUUUGUUUCCUGGUCUGGCUGUUGACCAAUCCUGAGUGUGAGCCAUAUCAUAGUUAAUCUACAGUCUGUAGGCGGUUUGGCGGCGCGUCUCGGUUUUCCUCCUAAUGAUGUAAACAGUGAGAGCUGAUCCUGACUGCUCCACUCACACGACUGUAAAUCUUUUCUAUUCCUGUGUUCUCAUUUAACACGGCUAUUCAUACCCUGGUGUGUCAGUAGGUGGUUCUCGCUAUUUGUGGUUUCACAGUAGCUCAGAAUGAGUGCUUUGUAAUAAUUACACACACACACACACACACACAGUCCUGCAGAGAAACUCUCUCAGACAGAUUUUUCUCUCUCCUCCUCACGUGCCGGAGCUUCCUCCCCCUCACGCCCACGCUUCUCUCUGUGCCGCUGAUCAUUAGCCUCACUGCUAUUGGCUUGCAGGAUGUGUCUCUUGUAGGACACAAAGCAAACAGCUCAGUCCAUACAUGCAUGCAUGCCUCUCUCUCUCUCUCUCUCUCUCUCUCCUGAAGGCCGUCCUCUAAUCGGAGGAUGAAACAGCAGAUCUUUGUUCUGACGUUUUCAGGCCAUCCUGGCUCUCCAACACCAGCAGCAGUGUUCGGGUGUUUCUGUUUCUUCUGUUUCUCUCUUUGGAAACACUCGAGGAAGUCGAUCAGAUCAACAUUUCGGUGUCAGAUGGAGGGUUUUUUCUCUCCGGCUCAUAUAGUCUCCGGGACACCUGGGGAUGGAGCUGCUUUGUCGUCGUGCUCCAUUAUGAAUGAAGGCAGUUUGCGGCCCGCCCAUUCAUCUCCGCCGCAGCAGAGACGCUAAGCUGUCAAGCUCGCUCUCUGCUCGCUCCGCCUCCCUGACCCUGUUCAUGCAUAUGUGUGUCUUCCAUGUUAACAGAGAAUAAUUGGCGGAGGAGCAGAGCGUGUUUGCAUCAUGAGUGUGAGGGGGAGUGUGCGGAGCGUGUUUCUCGGCUGAUAAAUGGCUCAGUCAGAUGCUGACCGCGCAGACCUCUCCCACUCUGUCUGCUUCAUGAUGCUCGUAGGAAACCUGCAGCGUGGCUCUGCUGGAUUCACAACACAUCUGCACACCUGUGCCACCUGCACAGACAGACAGACAGACAGACAGACAGACAGACAGACAGACAGACAGACACCAGCACAUUUCUGAUUAUUAAACUUCUAAUUAAAAUUUCUAAUCUGAAGCUAGCCUUAAAAAAAAUAAACGGCUCUAUCUGCUAGGGAUGCAUUGAUCCGAUAUUUGGUAUCAGUAUCGGUGACAAUGGGCCCGAUGCACAGGGGCCGAUCUAUUCAGUCUAACUCUAUGCUGUGCACCGUGAGCGGCAUCCACAACUAAACACGCUGAGCGGACGCCCACAUUGUUUUGAAAAUGGAGCGAGCAAAGAGGUCGGCUAUCUUAACUUUAUCACGAUAUUUCAGCCUACGAGCUCGACCGCCACCUGCAAUACCUGCGCCGUAAACGUUCUGAGGGGCGGGGCUAAAACUUAUCGGCCGAUACUAAACUGUAGAUUUCUGUGUUGGUGUCGGAGGUUAAAAAAAGCAGAUCGGUGCAUCUAUACUAUCUGCUCCAUUUCUACACUGAGAGGAAAUGAUCGUGAGCUUCUGUUUUUCUCGCCCCGUUAAAAUAAAAGAUUUAUUCUGCCGCCUCAAAGUCAGACAGACGAAAAUAAAGUGGUCCAGAAAAUCCAGAACAUGCAGCCGGUCCAAAAGGAGAACCUGAAUCUGUGUCAGCCUGAGAGCUUCACAGAGAGAGAGACACUGAUUGAUACGGUGGAGCUGAUUUAUUGAUUUAUUGAGGUUUGGUCUGAGUUUUUAUUAAUAGGUCAGUUUGAUUUAGAGAGAAAUCAACAGUAAAGAGACUCUGACCUAAAACAACAGAGGACAUAAAUAUGAGCGAGGCGACUGAACCCCAGAAAUGUGAGUUUAAGGUUCAAGGAAGAAAAAAAACAAAAUAUGAUCAGGACUGAACAUGAUAGAUGUUAAAAAGGAUCACAGAUCUGUGGGUCCAAGUGUGGCUAACACCAGCAGAGCUAACACCCCAGCUUCUCAGUGCAGAUCCAUAAACCACAACAGGACAUGGUCCACCUGCAUCCAGGAGACGAGGUCUGAGGUAAAAACAGGGACGGACUCUGAGCGUUGACAGUUUAUCAGUCCUGUAAAUGUGUGAAAUGGAUCAAUAAAUCAUUUUAGUAAACGGCAGAUUGAAGUCUUUUUAAAAUCCUCAUGCUAGAAAUAAAAAAAAAUCUUUCUUAUUUGUUGUGCUUAUCUAAGAAUAAAGGACUGAAACUGUGAGUGUAAAUAAAACAUCAUUGUUAAAUAAAAUCUCUGAUAAUGUCGGUGUGAAGAAACCGUAGAGAUCAGGUUCAUCUGGAGCUCUGAUGUACUCCCCCCCCUCCUCCUCCUCUCCCACCUGCAGAUGGUCGCGUCCUUCAGAGAGGUGAUCCCGCCAUAUGUGGCCGUGAUUAUGAUGUGGUUAGUUUGCGUCCUUCACGUCCCGCCGCCUCACCUGGACAGACGAUGUCUCCUUGAUCCUCUGUCUUUAUUGGUCUGCUCUGGUCCAGGGGAACCCCUCUCUGUCCCUGGAUCGGUUCUCUUUAGUUGUAAAGGACUCUUAUUGGACGGCGGUCACCCUGCGGACCCUUAGCGGCCCCUCACCCCUCUCUCCCGCUGCACUGUGUGCAGGCCCUGGGUAACAGGGUGUGCCUAAUGUGUUGGAAAUUUCAUUUGGCCUUCCUCUUCCUCUCUCCUAUCUCGCUUUCUCCAUCUCUCCUCGCGGUGCCCAGUGAUUGCCUGCAGCCUCCCCCCCCCGCUCGCCACCAUCGCCCCUCCUCCCCCCUCCUCUCCAUCUCCCCGGGGCUGACUGCCUUUCACUACGAGUGAGAGAGUGAUGCAAGGAGGGUGAAUGAGCGAGACAGGAAGAAGAAUGGGGCGAGGGCGAUAAGGGAAUGUGGAGAGAUGACCAGAUCCUCUUCGAUUCUGCCAUAAAUGUUAAUCACUUUAGUGCAGAGUCACGGCGGACCUGCAGGUCCUGCAGCCCGCUGACACACUCUGCAGUCAGCAUGCAAUAUUAAACAGACGUGUGCAUUAGAACAUACGCAGAGAAGAGGGUCUGAUGUCGGUAAAAAUGGCCGACAUGCUUCUGCAUCAGCUCCUCUCCCAUCUGCUGUACUGGUUAACUGGCUAAACUGGGAACAAACAGCACUCCCAUUCAUUUGUCCCUCAUUAAUUAUCUCUCAGCAGCUCCUCUGUUCACUGGGCUGAUACGAUCUGCAGCGUACACACACACACACACACACACACACACACACACACACGCCUCAGUCCUGCCUCACAGCCUCAUUCUUGUCAUUUCUUCUGAGGAGCUUGUUAACGCUUUGUGGAGGAACCAGGUUGAAUAAUUUCACAUUUAAGCUGUUUUCACACACACACACACACACACACACACACACACACACACACACACACACACACACACACACACACACACACACAGUGGUGCAUGAUGUCGGAUUGAUGCUUAUAUUUAAAAUGACAGUAUUUUCAGACUCAUUUGGCUGAGGUGAAACAGAUUCCAUCUGGAGAACAUCAUUAUCCUGCAGAAGCUGACACAGUUUCCCCUGAAAUGUUGGUAAUAAAGAGCCGCAGCAGGUUCGGGGAUUUCCUCGUCGAGCUCUUUACCUUCGGGUCGUCGCUGCCAUCGGUUCUGUUAAAGUAGUGUUGUUGUUUUCUCUGUUUCUGACUCUUUCCUAAAGCUGACAUCUGCUGAUACUGAUAUUAAUGCUUCCCCAUUAUUAGAGUUUUGCACAGAUCUCAGUUCUGUCUUAAUCUGACGCCAUAAUGUCCCCUCCUCAGAAUCAAAGUUGAUCCAGACACAGUCGGGUUUUUUAAGGAUCUCUUAGAGGGGAAAGAGGUCUGUCUGCAAUGUGCAGUUUCUCCGCAGAUGUGUAGUUAUGCUGCGUUCUGGUUACCUUGGAGGUCAGAUGUCAGAACUGGGAAUGACGUUACAUCCGAGUUGACGGCGAUCCAGUAAACAAGUCAGAAAACCAAGAUGGACGCCUACAGUUACCCGUUGUUUUCCAAUUGUCAGCUGUCGUUUGCUAUUGUUAGCCAUGUUAGCCAUUGUUAGCCGUUGUUAGCGAUACCAGAUGUAAACAACGCCCUGUGUUCACAGUUAGACGUCGUGCAGUACAACAUAAACCACUUAUUUAAUUUCACAAAAACAAAACAGAAGAGCUAAUUAUUAAAACAUUAUGAAAUCUUUCACUGUUACUCUCUAAUGAUGAUGUUGUUGUCAAGUCGAGGUUGGUGAGGGUCGUCCAACUUUACGAGUUGGAAAUCCGACUUCAGGGGCGCUUUCCAGAUGAAUUUCCGACUCGGAGCUCGGAAAUCACGACUUCCGAGUACAACUGGAACACAGCGUUAUUCCAGUACCAACUCAUCUAAGUUUUCAGUUCUGCCCCCUAGUGGAAAGUGGUUGAACUCGGCCUCCCGUGACUUAAAUAGCUAAAAGAUUUACAGACCCACAACCAAGAUGGCGAGACAUGCACCACCCUGUUUUUCUCUUUUCUACAUGAGGCUUAUUGUUGUUUUUAAUACUGACGUGUUUGUUUUGAGGGCAGCUGUUCAUGUAAAGCACUUUGAAUUAGGACGAGUUUCCCCAGAGAGACAAUUCAUCGUAUCGUAUCGUAUUAGAAGUGGGAGGAAAAAUCGAUUCACAUAAGUAUUGCGAUUUUUUUGUUUCACAAUUUUUAAAUCGAUUUUUAUGUUAAAAAAUAGAUUUUUUUUUUCAAAUUUAAGAAUAAAUCUUAAAAACUGACGUACAUGUGAUGUGUAUUUUUUAGGGAAAUAUGGUUCCUGGAAUAGUCAUUAGAAAAUCAUAAUCAUUCAACUGUUUCACUGGUGUUAAACAUGCAGACUAAAAAUCGAGAAAAUCGACAAUAUCGUAGAAUCGCAGUUUAUAUCGAAUUGGCAUCCAAAAAAUCAUAGAAGAAUCGAAUCGAGAGAAAAGUAUAUCGUCCCAGCCCUGUAUUGUAUUGUAUUGUAACAUAUGGUAUGGUAUCAUGUUGUUUUGUUUCUAUCGUCGGAUGCUCCUCUCCCCUCUUCUUCUGUCUCCAAACCGUCACUCUCGUUUGCCCAAACGUCACCCUGCAGUGAGCUGAUUCGCCGAGCCGUGGAGGGUUUACAUAAAAGAAAUCACAGACUGUCCCCAUGUAGGGAAUUAUUCUCAAAAUUAAAUCGUUGAGGCUAAUCAGCUCUGGGGUACAUGGUGCUGAAAACACACACAGUGUGAUGGCGCCUUCACACAGCACACCCACAGGCCUGUUUGACUGCGCACUCUUACACGGAGGCCCACUUAACUUAGCAUCUGCGACAUCUAAGAUUAACCAUUAGCAGAUCUGAGCUGUGAGAUAUCUUGCAUAAGGGGACAUCUGAGUGCUCUGGCUGCUCGCUGAUGAGCCGUUUCCAGUAAUUAAAGCUGCUCAGGAUCACAUGGUUCGAACUCGGGGAAUGUGCAGAGCUGGCAGAGAGCUGCGCCCGGUCUGGCCUAGGAUAGGAGUUGGUGUAAACACUCGGUGUGUGAGCCCUCAGGUGUCAAACACUGCAGACUAACAACAUGUGAAGCCCGACAGAUGAAGAGGAGGUGUGAUGGGAGCUCACUGAGGGGGGCUGAAAUCCUGCAGCAAACCAGGUUUUGAUGUGUGAUGGGUGGAGAUUGGUCCCAGAGCUGCAGGGAGCUCCUAACACACAGAGCCAUAAGUCAAUCAGUAAAUCAAUACCAGCAGACAGAAGUCGCUAAUUUUCUCACUGUGACACGGAGUAUGAAGCACGGCUCUGUCUGAGUGUCACACCUGAUGGAGGUGAACUUUUCACACGUGCUCAGUUCGCUCCAAUCACUCACAGUUUACAUUCAGAUGAUUCUCUCCUCGGUCUCAGGACGUCGCUCCAUCAUUAUCGGGAGAUCUUUGAAAAGCUCAACCGAAGUUAAAAACCAGAAAACUGCCUCCAGCCUUUGUUGGAGAAAUCCUCUAACACCGUCAGGUUCUGGAGCUCCUGUUUGACUUUUCAUGGAGGAAUAAUCAAUCACAAGAUUUCCCUCCUCUCUGUAAAACUCUGAUUUUAACUGGAAAUUACCUGCAGUGAGUUUCAGCUCCAGUUACUGUAGACUGAGAUUCUCCUGCUCCACCAGCAGCAUGUGAAGGCGUCUCAGAGUCUGAUAGACGAGUCUCCUGGUUCAGUUCCUCAUAGUUCCUUUUAGUUUUAAUCUUAAUAUGAUCAAAACUGAUGAGUCAUGAGUUUGAAUAUGGUUAUCACCAUGGUUACUUUUGCUGUAAACAUGUUCUUUUUAUUAUAGGAGUGAAUUAGGAUUUGGGGCCUUUUGGGACCAGCCUCAAGUGGACACUUUAGGAACUGCAGUUUUUCCACCUCUGAUCAGUAAUGGCAUGUAGAUGUUCACGUGUGUGGGAAUGAAGGCGGGUGUCUGCAGACCUAUAUUUUUUCUAAGUCUCUGUCCAUCCUGGGUAUUCUGAGGUAUUCUAAGUAUUCUGGGGUAUCCUAGGUAAUAUGGGUAUCCUGGAGUAUCCUGGGUAUUCUGAGUAUUCUGGGGAAUCCUGGGUAUUCUUGGGUAUUUUAGGGAUUCUGGAGGAUCCUGGGACCUAGGGUAUUCUUGGGUAUACUGGGGUAUUCUGUGUAUUUUAGGGUAUCCUGGGUAUUCUGGGGUAUUGUGGGGUAUACUAGGGUUUCCUGGGGUAUUAUGGGGAAUCUGGGAAUUCUGAGUAAUCUGGGGUAUUCUUGGGUAUUCCUGGUAUCCUCGAGUAUUCUGGCGUUUUUUGGGGCAUUCUUGGGUGUCCUCGGUAUUCUGGUGUAUUCUGGAUUAUCCUGGGUAUUUUUGGGUGUCCUGGGUCUUCUGGGUAUUCUGGGUAUUCUGGUGUAUUCUGGUGUAUUCUGGGGUAUUUCCGAUAUUCUGGGGUAUUCUGGGGUAUCCUCAUCAUUCUGGGGUAUACUGGGGUGUCCUGGGUAUUCUGGGCUAUCCUGAGUACUCAGGCGUAUCCUGGGGUAUACUGAGUAUUUAGGAUAUCAUGGGUAUUUUGGCAUAUUCCGGGGCAUCCUUGGUUAUCCUGGGGUAUUUUGGGGUAUCCUUGGAUAUUCUGUGUACUUUUACUGUCACUGCUGUAAAUUCUCCUCCCUCAGCUCAGAAACCUCGUCUGAUCCUCCUCGUUGCGUUGCUCCAGUUUCUCCUCGGUGGUUCUGGUCGUGCUGCUUGUUGCUUGUUGUGUUUUACCCACACAGAGGAGUGUGGUGAGGUGGGACCGGACCAGCUGGAGACUCGGUCUAUCAGGGGAGUAAAUGUGCUUGUGUGUUGUGAGUGUGUGCGCCGUAUGAUCCCGCUCGGCGUGUUGUGGUUGGUAUCUGCAGAGAGCAGCUGCCGUCCUCUGAGGCGAUCUAAUCAACAGAAAUAGACGAAGGCCCCCUCCCCUCCCCUCCGCUCCCCUCCUGGGGGGCUGCAGGCCUGCUGGGCCGAGAGGUCGCAGCAACUUCACUUUUCUAUUUUCAGACCAACAAAUGAUCUCGUUUUCAAUCGCAUCGCUGCGCUGAGGUCGAUCGUUUUUAUCUCGCAGUUUUUCUAUCGGUGAAUCUUUAGUGUGUCUGUGACCUCGAGUUUACUGACGUGGAUUUUAUGUCUGAUUCACGUUUCUAUCCGAGAACCUGAAGACUGUGUCUGAAGACUGUCAAAGAAUAAUCUCAGUCUCUCCUGCUCAGAUCUGACAGAUUUAAUAAUAAUAAUAAUAAUACAUUUUAUUUGUAAAGCGCUUUUCAAAAACACAAAGACGCUGUACAGAGUUAAGCAAUAAAAACACACAUCAAUAUUAUUUAAUCCUUAAGAUUUAACCCUUUAAAACAACUUUCUGUAAAUCUGAGGCGAGUCAAACACUUCCCAGAGGAAAUCACUCAAAUAUGAAUCUCUAAUAUGAUUUAUAUGUGGAAUAAUCUGAUCAGAUUUAUGACUUCAACUCUGAAAAACUGAAAUCUUUUAAGUGUUUGUCUGUUUUCCAUCAGAACCCCAGUCAGAUUAUAAUAACUAAAUAAUAAGAACAUUUAAAAACCUGCGACGAAACUUUAAUUCAGUGUUUUUAUAAAAUCCCAAAUAAAAGGCUCAGUCCACACUCAGGGAGGUUUUUAAAGAUGUUUUUUUCUCGUAUUUUGACUUAUUUUACUCUCAUGUAAACAGAGUUUUUCUUAUUUUUGUGUCGACGGCCAACGACAGAACGGUAACUGGUGUUCGUACUGCACAUGUGCAGGGAUAACCGCUGGUUAGUGUGUUUCCUGGCGACCGUUAGAGUUUUUCACUGGUUUGUAUCAUCGUCAUUUUCCUCUGAACUCGGCGGGUCAACGUGACUCUUAAAGAGCGAUGAGUGAUUUUUAGAUUGUUUGAGGAAAUCUUGAAAUUGAAGUUCUUGUCAGUUAUUGAUUUGACUUUUUUAAAGGCGUCUCUUCGUUGUUCCUCCACCUGUUGUGUGCUCAUACUCUGAGAAAGCAGACUUGUUUUUGGACGGUAGAAACUCGGAUCAUGUUUCUGAUCCCACCUGGAAACUGUUGAGGCCUGUUGGUAUUUCUCAGCGCCUGUAUUCCACAUUUCUCCUGAGUAAUCGUGCGUCUGAUUGGCUGGUCCGUCAUGCGUGUGUCUUCUUUUAAAGUGCACGGUGAUAUUUGAAGAGUAUUGACUCACACAGAUACAUGACUGCGCUCCUGUAGUUCAGAAUCACGAUGAGUCAGUCUGGUUGCCUGGCAGAGAUGGAGCUUUAGUAAAUAGAAACAGACCCGUGCCGCAGACUCUCCUGCGGUUCACGGACACUUCUUACACUUCCUGGAGUCCUGAAUUCGAGCCCCUCCCAUCGGUUUGAACGCCUGUCGUCUUCUAGAUAAAGAGGAGGCAAUAAUCCUGCUGCAACAUGCUAUCUGUGUACCAAGGUUCAACUGUAUUAUUGAGGAGUCUGAGGCGCCGUUUUGUGUUUAAAGGUCAUCGUCAGAUACGAUUAUGAACUGUGCGUAAUGUGUUACAUAAACCGUCCUCAACAAUGGUUUCAGGAAUGAAUCCUGCAAAAAGCGGAGAGCUGGAGGCAGAAAAAUGUCAUUAAAGCUGGUUUUCAGAGCGGCGGACCGGAGGAGCUGAUCAGGACUGAGCCUGAGGGUCCUGGACCUUCACGGAAAAACGAGUCUGUGUCCUGUUUCUUAUUCUGGAGGUGUUCAUGAUACACAUGUCCCCGUCCCCGCUGGUCAAACGUCGUUACAGAGGCUGAAAGUCUUUAAAGAAGAGUUGAUUAGGUGUGUAAUAACAUGUGAGGCGAGGCGCCGUUCUGCACACGUCUCGUCUCCCAGCAGAUAUUAGAAGGAGCGCUCCUCAUGCCAGCUUUCUUAAUAAGCUGUUUCACUGAUUACUAUUGAUUAGUCGGUGUAUGUCUUACACUCACACAGGAGCACAGGGGCUUAUGGGUAAUCUCUGUCACAGCUGGUGUCUGUCUGUCACAAACACGUCUCUCUCUCUCCUGUUUCUCACAUUUAUGACCCCAAAGUCCACUGGCCUCGGCGUGUAUGAGAGCGAGGAGGAAGUGUCGUUGUUUUCUUUAAACUCAGACACGGUUUAUUAUUUUAAGGACGACAUGUCUCGCUCUCGCUGCGUUCACACUAUUUCUAGAUGUGAAAUAUGAAACUACAUUCAGCUGCUAAACUCGCAGGGUUGUCACCAGGCAACAAGUGGAGAGACUCCAGGAAGUCACAGCCAAGAAACAGCGACAUACAUAACGGCGAGAUUUAAGAGCGUCCUUUUUUAACAUGGAGAGAUUUUAGCUUCUCCGUCUGUCGUCGGGUCAGAGGUCAAAACUGAGAUCAGAGUUCUGCAGCAGCAGCAGCAGAUCAGGAGAGGGUCAGUCUGAGGUUUCCAGGUGGAUUUAAGACUCACAGUGAAUCCACAACAAGGUCUCAGCGACUCUGCAGGAUCAUCCCACAGCUUGACCUCCGCAGAUGGCGAGCCGCCCUCAUUUUAAGGAAGUGUAGGUCACAUGUCGUGGUGUCACUUUCAGCUACUGUGUUUGUUAAAGGAUCCAUGUCACACUCGAGUUACUACUCUGAACUCCAGGAGACAAAAUCCCUCCAGAGGGAGGCGACAGGAGGACAGGUCUGAAGAUCCACUUUGGCUCUGUGAAAACAUGAUGGCUACCAUACAUCCUCACCCCCAAUUUUCACCAUAUACAGAACGGCGGAAAUUUUUACUGUCCGCUAAAUCCUACUGGAUCCGUUUGUGAGGCGAAUUUUGUGGUGGAUUACGGACAGCGGGAAUCGCGAGAACUCACAAGAACCCGCAGAUUCACGUUCAAUCGCCCGAUAACGAGUUGUCUCUGUAAAGACAGACACAUAGACAUAUAAGCAGUAGAUUGUGUCCUUCCAGAGGAGGAUUUCUCCGCCAUGCUCCUCGGCGGAUACGACUUUUUCGUAGAUGUUCAGGAUGCGGUGGAAAUCGGGGGUAAUAUGACUUGUCCGUAACUGUCCUGAGAUCUGAUGGAUCAAAAUCUAACACUUAAGAACAACUCAAGGAAGUCCAGUUGUUCUUUCCAUGAAGAUUCAGAAAUCGUAGAAGUCUGAUAAAGUCUGAUGUGAUUUCUGACUCUCUUUCUUUCGGGGAAAUCUGUCCCGACUUUAAGACUAAAAUCCGUUCAGACUCGGCUGUAGAUCUGUGACAGUAAGACUCGCGGGUUAAUCUGUGCUGAAUUUAUCCAGCAUCCGAAAAAAGUAGAACUCUCCGCAGAGGAACGUAAAGAAGUCGGUGUAAAUUGACACGUUAACUUGAAUGGUUACGAUCAGCUACGAUCGGAGGAUACGACCUUUUAGGAGACGAUCAGGAUGAAGGUGGAGGUUGAAGGUCAGAGUUUGUUUAGUGGGUUGAUUGUGCACGACCUUAAAAAUGAAGACGACACAGACGCUGGAGGUUCAGUCUGUAUGUUGACAGUGAAGGUGGUGAAGAAGACAAUGAACAGACAAACAGAGGAGUAACUUCUGCAUCAGCUUCAUCUUCAUGACUGGAGGCUGUGUCGUGUCGAGUGGACUCGUGGUUUUCUGGUGGUUUUCUCUUGGUUUUCUGGUGGGAGGAGAUGAUCAGGAAUAAGUCCAGAUACCAGAGUGGAAAAGUUUUAAAACCUCAGCUCAUUAAAGUCACAGAAUUGAAGUUUUCAUGCAGAUAAAUAUGAACUAAACUGUGCCGGUUUUAAAGUCUUUAAAUCGUUCAUGUUCAUAAAAUAAAAUAUUGUUUUCUUGUCGCUGACAUUUUCAAACCGCCCGCUCAGUCGUAGAACGGCGUCCUCUAACUGUUUGAUUUCUGACGGCGUUGAACGUGGGCCCGUCUGCUGACGGUUUUUAUGGUGUAAUCGUCAGGCUGACCUUUCCGGCUGCUCUCUCCGAACACCGUGAUCGAGCUGCUGGAGUGUUGAAGUACUGUUUAAGUGUGUGUGAGCGCGGCCCCCCCCACAGGCCACGCCUCUAAUAUGAGCAGUUAAUGGGUUCCACCAGUUGUUGAGUCGAGGCGCUCUCCGUGUUUCUAAUGGAGGAUCCACUUUAUCUCCAUCUGAGGGAACAUCUGAGAGUACGCAUGAACCUGAAGGUGAAAGUAUUUUAGUCAUCCUGGUGUACCGUGACCCCCUCUGUCAUGCACCUGCCUACACACACCUACACACACACACACACUCACACACACACGGAGUGAGAAAUCUCUCUCUUUAGCCAAAACGCUCUCAAACGCUCUCAUCCUGCUCCACGAACAUCAAAGCAGCCAAAUUCAGAGCGUUUUCUCCCCCAGCAUGAGGACUUGUAAGCAACCUUCAAUCAGAGACGGUGAAUAAAUAACCGUCUGCUCGUCCUGGUGGAGGUUCGGAGCAGCUGCAGGCCGGUCAGCGCUCUCAUCUCUGAUUGACGGCUGCAGCAGCGCAGGCCCACUCACACUCGCUCCCCAGCGAACGCAGGAAGUUUGUCGUGACAGCUCGACCGUCUCGCUCGCACGAUUCCGGCUGCAGAGUUCUGCGUGCAGGAGGGGAGAGUCCAGCAGGGGGGGCCGUUAAAGGUCUCCUGGGUUUCCCUGAAAUCCACCAAAUAAAUUCAGCAGAUUCAGAGACGGCUGAGCACACCGGUCAUGAAUCUUUUCUCUGUUUUACAUUUUCAUGCUGCUGGUUAAUAAACACUUUGACCUUAUUCGGCGUUUCUCAGCAGAAGUUUAGAGAAAUACGUGAGAGUAAAUCAGCAGGAUCCAGGGGGAGAAGAAGCAGCAGGAGGUCAAAUCCAGGAAGAUGUUGGGAGAAAGUUUUCACGCUGUAGCUCUUGACAACUUGUCUGUGUGUGAAUGAUCUGUUUUCAGCUCAGGCUUCAGUCUGUACUGCACAGGAAGAGACAGGAGAGCGGCCAUCUUUGAUGAUGUCAGAGUUGAGAAAAAGUAGGAAAUGUGCUGUGAGCGCCGAGUUCGGAGCAGAAAGGCGACCUUUUUUUCAGACCCUGACUUUAAUCUCAGAAUUCUGAUUCCAUGUUUAGAAUUCCGACUUUGAUCUCGGAAUUCUGAGUCAAAAAAUCAGAAUUCCAACUUUGAUUUCAGAAUUCUGAUUUUUUUUAAAUUCCGAACCUUGAUCUCAGAAUUCUGAUUCCACAUUUAGAAUUGCUACUUUGAUCUCGGAAUUCCGAGUUUGUUUAAAAUCCGACUUUAAUGUCAUAGUUCUCGCUCUUAGGUUCCCACUCCUCAUGUCAACACUUCAGACUAAAUUCUGAGAAAAAAGUCGGAUUAAAGUUGUUUUUUUUGUUUUUUUUUUGUGAAUAUCUUCCUCUGUGUGUUUGUGUGUUUUUGUAAAGGCGUUUUAUCGCUACAUCCAUCAUUAAUUUUACACGUAAAAACCCUGAUGUUCAGCUUGAUGUUUUCAUGGUUUGUGUUUUAUUUUCUGAAUGAAGUUUUUAUUUUUCUUUCAAGUCACUGACAAAGAUUUUUGAAGGUCCUGAUUUUACUGAAGAACCAAAUGUAUUUUUUUGUUGUAUUUUUAUGUUGAAACAGUUGAACUCAGAAUAUUUUCUUAUUAAAUUUCAUUCAUCUAUUACAUGUUUAAACUCUUCUAUAGUUGAUAAAUUAAAAAAAUGAACAUUAGAAAAACAAAAAAGGAAAACUGAACUUAAUCCAGAAAUUAAAAAACGGUUUUUAAAGUCAUUUCUGUUUGUGUUUUUUCAGAUAUUUAAUGUUUUUCUUUCUCAUUUCUCUGCUCAUGUGCUGACCUUUGACCUCUGUAUUUAUAAUCUGUUCUCACCUCACAAACACGCUCACUUCAAAUUGCCACUAAAAGAGAAGUUGUGCUGGUCUGUGGUCGGACAGAGAGGAAACUACCACUUUCACGCCUCAUUAUUUUAAGCCUCUUUGCGGCUCAUAGCAGAGACGGCUCUGAUGGAGGAUUUUCUGUUUCCAUCGGUGUUGUGAUGAUUUCCAAACACUCGGUUUUUACUUUGGGCUAAAGAUGACGCUCUCUAACUCGACAUUUCCGUCUGUUUGUGUCUUUUCCUCAGCAGGAGGUACUGUCUGCUUCUUUCUCCCGUCAGACUGUGAGGAGAGCACAUGGCCUACGGUCAGCAGCCCACUCCACACUCUUCAGCCAGCCUCCCACUGCCCUGUCUCCACAGGUUAGCAUUGCCCUAUGUGUGUCUUUGUGAGUGAGUGUGUGUUAGUGUGUGUGUGUUCGUCUGUGUGUGUGUGUGAUACAGGAAUUCAAUUGUGUGAAUGCUGCUGGCUCAUUGACGUGGAGCGCACGUGAAUCUGGAGCUUCUUCUGGCUGAUUUAUUGACGGCGUCAGCAGUGCCAGCUCCUGCUGACUCCUUCAUCAACAUAUUGCAGAUUUGAAAGUCCUUUGGAGAGGUCAAUCAGGAUAUUGACGCCAUUAUCAGGCCAAGAUUUCAAGUUGUUUUACAUCAAUAUUGGCCAACAGGAUAUUGGCAGUCAGUGUAACCUGCGUCAUUCUGCUCAAAGACGCUGCCAACCACUCGAAGAAUGUCAGGUUUAUAUCCGAACACUGGCGGGAUUCAGAGAAGAAGAAGAAGAAGAAGAAGAAGAAGAAGAAGAAAAGCUCAGAGGAGAUAUUUUUAUUUCAAUCACCGCAGUAAAACAUGAAACUCAACAGCAGGGGGCGCUAUGUGGUCUUUUCAGCAUCACAGACCGUAGACAGAAAAAGUCAGGAGAGAGUUCAGUUCACAUUUUAAGUUAAAAUCAAGCAGCAAAACUGCAGUUCCCAGAGUGUCCACUAGGGGCUGUCUGCAAAAGCACCUGAACCACAUACACACUCAUUCAAAAAGAGCAAAAAUGAACGCGGUAACAGUCUGGUUCAAAAACUGUUUUAGUCUGGUUAUCUUCAAGCUCUCGUUCUUAAAUAUCGUCUGUACGAGUUCGGCGAUUUGGGAGUACGGCUGACUGGACUGAACGGCGAGGACGCUGUAGCCAUUUGCGAGGAUUUUAACCCAAAGUUAGUUUGAGUCAGCACAUUUAAAACGGCUGAAACAAAGAACGUUUACAGGUCACUUCAACUAUAACUUCGAUGUCGGAGAGCUAACUCGAUGUAAAAACAGACGCUAGCAUUUAAACAUUAACUCUCCUGAAGCGCUUAAAUACCAAAAAUCUCUUUAUUUGUGAUUUUAAACUUGAAUUCGAACAUGGAGGCGGCUGAAUGCUGACGUUAUCUCUGUUUCUGUUUGUUACGGAGCUGUUGGUGUUUUUUUCAGUAUUUUUUCUUUUCCAUCCUGAUCUUUAAAAACACCAAAUCAGAGCUGAAACCCACUUUCAGUAGCGAACUCGGACCCUGCUCGACCCUGCUGUACUUUGACUGAGAAUGAUCUGUUGUUAUUUCUGAUCAGCAUGUCCGGCUCUCUUCAGAGGGGGGGGGUCCUUUGAAGGGAGCCGCGUUUACAGAGCCACAGAUGUUUGAUGAAGACAUUAUCAUCAGAAAUCUAUUCAGAUAUAUUCAGAGAACAGGAGCGCCUCUCCACCUGUCAGCUCUCACCCACGCUGUAGUCGACCUGGAGCCAGAACUCGGCUGUGACCAGGAUGUUUCUGGAUUUAUAAAAACAUAUAAGACUGGAGAGCUGUUCGCUUCUGGGGAAAUACGACACGCUGAUGUGACGGUGAACUCAUCAGGACGUCUCAUUGUUUUAUUUCAGAGCAGGACCGUUUUUUAUGUGCAUGAAGCAGGAUCUUAAAAACUCAGUCAGACUUUCUAGUGAAGUAGAUCGAUUAAAGAAGAUGAUCAAAGAGUUUCAGCAAACUCUGAUUCAGAGUCUGAGCUCAUAUGAAAGUGUUUACAUGAGGACUGAAGCGCAAAACACUGAGAAAAAUGCAGAAAAAUAAAAGCAAAAUAGAUAUUAGAGUGUUUGUGCAUCAGGUCAGUCUGACAGGGAUCGUCUAACCGGGGUUUGAGGUUUGUGGGUCGGGCUGAGAUACUGGGAGACUCCUGCAGAGGUGAACUGGUCUGACUGUCUCAAACUCUGAAUAAACCCUGAAUAGAUCAGUCUCGAUCUGGAUCUCUGACCUGUAGAUGUUUCUGCUCAUGUCCUCUCAGGUUUCUGUUGAUUCCUGAUGAGACUCUCACCUUUAAUUUCACAGUCAAACUUCAUCCUUUGAGUUAAACGUCUUCAGGCUUCAAACUGGAGUCACAGAAGUCGUCCUGACUUCUUUUGUCGACUCACAGAUGUUGAAGACUCCCCCCUCUGCUGAACUCCGGGGGGCGCUCUCAGGUUGAAAUGACUGAUCUGACAAACUAAAGGAAGAGUCAGUGUUAUUGUCUGCGAGCUCAGGAGCGUGACAUCCACGCCAAAUUAAAUCUUUCCUCCGCUCCGACUUUGAUUGACCGUCGCCAUCUGUUGUUUGGAUCAGGUUGUGGGUUUGAUUCGUCUCAGCGUGUUUAAGUUCUCGCGCAGUGAUCAAAUUUUCUAAAAGUGUCUGUUUGUUUUCUUUGUGUUUAUUCUCCCAUGACGACGACGACACACACGACUGUCUGAGUUUAAUGAUCAUUCAGAAAAAUCAGAGAUGAUAGAUGACCUUGAGAGAGAGAGAGAGAGAGGGAGAGAGAGAGGAGAGCAGGGAGAGGAGAAGAGAGGAGGAGUAACCUCCAAUCUCCACCUUCAUCCUGAUCGUCUCCUAAAAGGUCGUAUCCUCCGAUCGUAGCUGAUCGUAACCAUUCAAGUUAACGUGUCAAUUUACACCGACUUCUUUCCGUUCCUCUGAGGAUCGCCGGACUCCUCAGCUGAUCACAAGAGUUCUAUUUUUUCUGGACGCCGGAGCAUGGCGGAUAAAUUCAGCACAGAUUAACCCGUGCUGGAAAGGAAGUCGGGCACAGACACAAAAUAAAACAUCCGGCUUCUUUUCAAAAUAAAACGCUCCAUGUUUCAGGAGGAUCGUAUUCGUAAUCUGCCAUGAAAUUCGUCUCACAAACGGAUCUGGUAGGAAUUGGUCGACGGCGAAAAUUGCAGCUGUUCCCAACGCGGUGAAAAUCGGAGUUUCCAUCAAAGUAUUUGCGAUUCUUGAUCUUUAAUGAAGUUUUCUUUGUUUCUGCUUCAGCUCAGUUUGUAGUCCACACACCCACGUACAGAUGCUCCUCAUUAGAUGGUUGUUGGUUAAAUUCCCUCCUACUUUAAGAGAGUAAUCAGUAACUAGGGUUGUCAAAAGUAUCGAUACUUACACGCCGUAUCUGGAUAUGAUACUAAUUUGCCAUGGUAUCAAUACAGUCGAGAGAGCGCUCACUACGACGCCGCUCGCUGUCCCGCGUUUUAAUGCUGUAUGACGUCAGGAGGGCCAAACCAGCCAGUCUUGAUUAAAAAUAAAAAAGUUAAAACUCUAAUUUAGAAAUAUUUUAUGAUAUUUUUAUCAAUCUUCCUGACGACCCUCCUCAUACCUGUUUGUCUGUCAGUAAUGGCGUCUGCUCAGGUCAUGAACUCCGGGUGGAUCCGGUUAGUCGGACUGAUGUUCUGAUUCUAAUUCUGCGCUGAUAUCUGCAGCUCAAGGUGUCCACCGUGUCCUUCCAGGAGAACACGGCGAGCAGACAUAAGAUCCAGCAGGCGGACUUCUUGGCGCUGCCGCCGUGUCCUCCGUCACCUCCCACUCUUGGCUUGGUCGGUCCAUAACUUAACGCUCGGUAUUCCUGCGAGUGAGGUCCGGCGAGAAUCCAAUAAACAGACGCAUGAUGUUAAAAAAGAUGAGCUGAAGGUGAAGUGUGCGAGUAUUUUUCACCAGGAAACGUCUGAACGUGACGAAACUUUGAUGAUGAGGACAGGAGGUGUGGUCCUGAGGGCUCGCCGUGCGUGGACGUCGGUGCGUUAGCUCGUCUUCUCUGCAUCGUUGUGAGUCCAGUGAUCUUCGUUUGUGUUUUUGGACCUCAUGAAACUGAGACGGCGGCGUCGAUGCAGACAGGAUGGGAGCGGUUUCACAGAGAGGCUUCCCCCGGACCGUGUUUACGUUUCUCUGCAGCGGGGCGGACGCUCGGCGAGGAGUGGCGUUGGGGGAAGGUCAGGAUGAGAGGAAACGUACACAUGACUCUGCUGGGAAGUCUAAACAUCAGCUGUGGGUCGUCCUCGCUCGACCACGGGCUGAAACAACAGAGCAGAGAGCGAGCAGGUCGAUCGUCCCCGGUGUCCGUCUCCCUGUUGCGUCCGUCUCCUGGGGGAGAGCUGUUUGUUCAGAGGGCGAGGGAGGAGAGGGAGGAGAGGGAGGAGAGGGAGGAGAGGGAGGAGAGGGAGGAGAGGGAGGAGACACCAGAGGAUCUCCGGGGACGAGAGGACAAUGAUUCUGCCUCGGUGCAACAGAAGACAGAGACACCUGCAGGAAAUGAGUGAAAACACACGCCGUCCUCCGUCCUACACCACGCCGUCCUCCGUCCUACACCACGCCGUCUGCACCACGGUUCAGUCUCUCUGCACUGUCUCCUCUCUGGUCCUCCAUUUCAUCCCCUCAGUCCCUCUCCUCCUCUCCUUCUCUCCUUCUCUCCUGCAGUGCUGCAGCACAGGCACUUGUCUCCUCCUUCCCUUACCCUCCCUCCUCCCUCCUCCCUGCCUCUCGCCUUGGCAUUCAUCAGUUUGGCUGCAGCUUCCCACGAGGCCUGGUGGGUCACAGCUGCACACACACACACACACACACACACACACACACACACACACACACACACACCUCUCCUCAGCAGCACUCCUCAUGUUUGGACCUCCUGACCUUCUUCACUCGGCUCCUGCAGACAGGACGGCGAGGUAAACUGGAGAAGUUGUCAAACGUCACAUGAACUUUACGUGGAGAGGAGAUCUGAAGUUUCGACCUCCUCCAUCUGAACUCGUCACGGCAGCAGGAGGCCGGAGGACAAGGACAGGCUGGAGUUCAGGUUCGGAGUGUCAUUUAAAGACGGACAGAUCCUGUUGUUCAGAAUCAGAGAGGAGAGAGGUGGUGCUGCUCGAACCCUUCUGUGAAACACGGUUUUUAAAUCAGCGCUGAACUGAGGAGAGUUUUCGUUUCCUCUAAACUUUUGCAUCAUCGAACUUUAGCAGCCGUUGAGAUGACGCAAGAAGACGAGGACACUCCUGAAAACCUCCGAACACUGAGGCAUGACUAACAGUGAAGUUUGUGAAACAGCAGAGCGUCUGCACAGAAGCGAGGCUACAGUCCGCUGAAAACGGGGUCAGCUCUGUCAUCGAAUUUGGCGAAUAUUGAGAAACGCUGACCCGGACUUUAACGGCGUUUAUAUUCACUGUUUUUUAAGCAGCUACUAACGUCAAUAAUGAAAAGAUGUCAUCAGAACAUCAAAUAUUUACACCUUUACCUGCUGGUGUCUGCAUCACCGAAGAAAAAAUCCCUCUGAAUGAAACAAACAUGUGGAGGCAGUGAGGAUCUAGACCUGUAGAUCUAUGCUGAAGUGGACUCUGCCGCCUUAAACGAACUCGGCGCUCUGCAGGAACGCCUCGUCUGUGUUUGAGUGACAGAUUAACAUGCAGAGAACGAAAAAAAACAGAGUUCUGUCAUAAUUUUCUUCAUGCAUUAAACUCCGAAGGUCUGAUUUAACAUCAGCUGUAAAAGGAACAUAACUCACUUCAGAGGUCACAGUCCUUACUUCGUACCCAGAAUGUGGACAGUUGAAGACAAACUCCUGAUCUGAAUCAGGACAAAGGUUUCUGCAGACGACCAUGUUCGAGGAGACACUGAAGACGGGUCAGGUGUGGUGAGCAGGUACAGCAGGUGGAGGUGUCUGUGCUGCUCCUCUUGAUGGAGUCACUCCUGACAGACACUCUGAACCCGUCCGCUGAUCCGAGUCUCCAAUAAACCACCUCAGUGUCAGAGAGAUCUCCUCUCCUCCUGAGAAGAACUCGGCUCUGACUCCUGGAGGCAGGAGGACAUCGAUCAGAAGGAAAAUCUGAUUGUUUAGUCAGUUUGAGUGUUUAUUACUCUUUACUCGCUCUCUCUCUUCUCGGGGAGAAUUUCUCAGUAAUCUGCUCCGACCUGGGUGAUCAAACACUGUCCGAUCUUUGAGGAGCGAGGAGGAAAGGCCAGUUAUCAGAAGAAAGGGCUGCAGUUUGUGUGUCAUGAGGAGAGCGUGCAGGUCUGAUGAUCCAUGGAGCUGCUGGACGAGAGCAUCUCUCCUUCUCUCUGCCCUUCCUCAUCUCCUCCCUCCUCGGCGAGCGUUCGUACCGUCCAUUUGCUCUGAUUGGCCACAAAAAGCGCGGCCUCGCUGGUCCAAAGAGCGCGGGUCAGAGGAGGAUUUAGUUUGAACGUUGUCAGGAGUAUUUGCAGUCAACACUGGCUUUAACGGCGGGCUUGUUUUGGGUUGUGUAAUGUUGUCAAAGAGGAAAACAUGCAGGGAAGUCAGAGAGGCUUUAGUCAAGUUAACGACCGCUGAGAAGAGAGAGAGGCUUCCUGAGAGCAGCAGGAACUGGACUCAAAGAUGGGGGGCGAGGAGAGUUUCUGAGGUUUUUGUCCUUCAGUUCUUAAGGAGACUCUUCUGGACCAAACCUCCAUGACUCUGCUGAAGAAAAUCAGAAUCAGGAGUUUCCACUGACAGACCGUGUUCUCCGUCUCAGUUUCUCAGUGUCGACCUUUACUUUGUUAUAAAUAACUGUGGCUCUUUUACUGGUUAUGAGGAUGUUCUGAAGAGAGACUGGUUUCUGGUUUCUGGUUUCUGGUUUAAAUGUUAAUUCCUUGGGGGGUCAGACCCUUCUCCGCUGUUGCCUCCACCCUCUGGAAUUCACUCCCCAAACCCACCUGAGACCGUACAGACCCCCGUACUUUGAAACCCCCCCUCAAAACACACCUUUAUGAAUUGGCUUUUAAUCUGUGAACUUUCCCUUUAUUUUCAUAUUGCGUCUUUUUUAAACUUUUACAUCGUUGGUUUUAUUUCUCUAAAAUUUUUUCUUCGUAAAGCGUCUUUGAGCUCCUGUAAAAGCGCGUUAAAAAUGAAAUUUAUUAUUAUCAUUAUUGUUCUUAUUCCCACUGACAGUCAGACCUGAGCUCUGUUAGUCUGGAUGUCUGAACUGGAUCGUCAUUUCUGUGGGUGAAGGAUACAAAAGAGGUUAGCUGAGUGUGGCUAAAGUUAGCAGAGCUAGCACCACCUGAUAGUCCUGAUGUUGGACUCCCCACACAGUGCAGCACAAGUCUUCUCUUUUUACACUUUGUUGUUUUUUUUUAACCUGUUUUAUAAAGAACUGCUGAGUCAGCAAAAACAUUUUUGUUGCAGCGAAAAAUUAACUUUCUAUUCUUUUUAAAUAUAAACAAACAAAUACUGAUGAUCAGCCUUAAUAUUUCACACCCUCACAGCUCGACUGAGUUCGUUUUUUCACUUUCAUGUUUAGUUUUCGCUGAAGGUCGUCAAACCUCGGCGCGCUGUCGGCUCAAACAGUUGCAGAAGUUUGUCGUAUUGUUUUGGUUUUUUAUGAUUAUGACUUUAUUUACAAUUUAUUUGUUCCAGUUUAACGUCUAAAAGCUAAAUGUGUCCAAACGUCAACUUUAAUUGAUAUAGAGGCUGAUUUUACCUCUUUGUUGAACAAACAUGCAGCACUAAUCCCCUCUGAAGUACCCACAGUGCCCCCCGCAGGUGUGGAGCUUCAUUAUAACUGUUUGAAUCAAUAUUGACACAGAGAAAAAAAAUCAUUAUAAUUCAUUAGUGGUUUGUUGUUUUUUCUUCCUAAUUCUUCUGAGUGUUUGUGUUUGUAAUCCCGGUCCGACUCCCUGAUCCUCUUUUGUCCCCGGCUGACGGCCGUCUUAGACCUCACAGAGUGUUUUUAAACCGAGCCCUAUCACACUCAAACACUCCCUCUGAACUCACUCCAUCUGAGGAGUGAAACUCUGCCUUCUCCUCCUAAUCCUAAUAACGCUCAGGGCCUCUCCUGAUUGUUGUGCAGUCCCGACUCUCCCGGGGGCUGCAGGAGGACGAGGAGCUCAGUCUGUACUUUCAGACCUCUUUAUUUUCUUUAUCUCGCACCGUUUCCAGAGGAAGGAAAGAGCAAAGAGAAAUAAAUGAGGGAGGAAGCAGCUGUCGCACGUCAGCGAGCGGCUCCUCUCAAAGUUUCUUUGCUUAGUUUACAAAUUACAGCGCCGUGUUAGCAGAUGGAUUUUCUAAAGUUCAUCCUUUCUGCACCUGAACGUCUUCAAACUGUGGCAGACUCUGCUGAACUCAGCAGGUAAUGAGGAGGUUUUAAACGCUCCUCUGAUGUUCGGUAAGAGACGAAACUGUCAGGAAAUUCUCAACUUACAGACAGAAAUACAUGAUAAAAGAUUCGACAUCGUUCAAGUGAGUUUGCAUCGAGUGAAGCGACUUUUCAGAGAUUUAUUGAACUGUUAUUUCAUUAUUCACACAGUCAGUUAAUCCAGAGAUCGUCAUUAUCAUCUUAGUUUCUGGUGGAUCGGCUCUAAACAGACUCUGAUCUUCUCUGUGGGAUAUGAAAACCUUAUUGCAAAGAAAGCUGCCGGCCUCACGGAGCGAGUGGAUUUUACAGUUAUUCAGUACAGGUGUGUUUUACCGUCAAUAUUGAGUCGUAUGUGACAGCAGUUUGGACUGAAAGAAGUGAUGAAUAUAUCAUCACGUUAUUAAGUCAGCUGAUACGAUGAAAAAGAGGAAUACUUUGGAGAUAGGGGGUCAAUCUAGUUGGUGAAGCUCUACGUUACCUGAUAGACUCAGAUUUAGAAAAAUGACGAGACUUUCUUCAGUUUCUUUGUGUUCUCCGAAGUCAAAGAGCCGCAGAAGAAGAAGAUGUGUGUUCAUAUUGAUGCUCUUUGUUCUGUUUACAUUCUCAGACAGAGGCUCUGCAGGGUAAAAGCAAAUAAAAGCGCCUGGAUAUGACUAAACACGGGUAAACAAAGCGCUGGAGCUGGAAUAUAAAGGACGGGGGUGUGAGGAAGACUGAGUGACUCCGGCUGUGGGUCCCAAAUGAAAAUAUCACAGUAUGAAAGCUCGGCGCUUUAGAGUCAAAGUGACGGUUUUCAGUAAAUGUGAGAUUUCUGCAGAAACAGUUUUUUAUUCAGAGCAGAGAAAAAGGUUUGAGUCCUGAAGUUCAGUUUUACUGCCGACGAUCAGACCAACGACGACAACAGAGACGUUUUCUUCAGAUCAGAGAGUUCAGGUCCACACCUGGAUUAUUCACCUCACUCAGGUUCUCACAUGUUUCAGAGGAUUCAGAAAGAAGCAGAGACUCACUGGAAACCUUUGAUUUCACUCUGUAAAAGGAUAAACGAUCGUUUUACCUCCAUGACAGUCAUGUACAUAUUCAUGAACUCAUAACCUCGCAGAUCAAACUGUCUGCAUCAUUAAACACCCCGUCUGAUCUGAGGAAUACAAAGUGAAGAAAUCAGUGCAGGAUUCAGAGUUCCCUGUCCUGACGAUGAUCCUUCUUCUGCAGGUUUGAUCUGAUGAGGAGGAACAUCUAGAAGAUUGUGUUUUUAUUCAGAAUUAACAGCUUUGUCUUUUUAUAACUUACCAACAACAGAUUUAGAUCACCGUGACACACAAAGAUUUCAGUCGGAUCACAAGCUUCAUACUAAAUAACUUAAUCAGGCUGGUAGAGUGAACUUUAUUUGAUAACUCUGGACAGAAGAAGGUUUAAUAUGAUGGAAGGGAAACUAAAGAGAACGUCCAGAAGGGACUGUUGAACAUUUUGUCCACAAGAAAGACAUGAAGUGGAGAUUUUUUCGUGUUUUAUCCAGAGGUGAGGCAUCCAGAGGGACUUUUGUACUUUUUAGAGGACACUUCAACAUUUACUUGAAGGACAUACGUGAGGAACAUUUCUUUACAUUUUAUCCUGUGAAAAGGCGACUAAACUGGACUUGUUUACAUUUUAUCCAGUGAAGACGUUUCCAGAGGGGCUUUUUGUUCCAUUCAACCACCCAGAGAGCAUCCAGAGGGGCUUUUUCUUUACUUCUUAUUAGCUAGAGAGGCACCCAGAGAGCACUUUGGUAUGUUCUGUGUUCUGGAAGGGUAUGCAUGGAGGACUAUGUUCACAUAAUAACCAAAAGUGGAAAGUCAUCUAGAGGGGCUUUUUGAAAACCUUUUGUCCAGUUGACAGGCAUCCAGAGGGAACUAUAGACACUGGCAGAGCAUCCAGAGGGGCCUUUGUUUAAUGAAGAACAACUAGCGGAGCAAAUUUCUAUGAUUAUUCAUGAAAAGUCACCAGAUCUAGUAUGAAUAAUGUUCCCAGCAGGACUUGUUCCAGAAGUUAUAGCAGCAGUUCUCAAAAAUCAUCAGUCUGUCCCUCUAUGUCUGACGGUCUUGUUCUUGUUCUUGUUUUGUUCUUUCGUCGUGACUCCUCCUGCCGUCAGCUCAUGUUUAAAAUGUACAACUUAACUCUGUUGUGAUCAGGAUCGUCCUCCAAGCAGAUCUGAGUUAGUGAAAUGACUCUUAACAUCCUUGUCACCAAAAAUCUGACAAGAUUAUCUUUGGAAACCAGGAGAAGACUGAGACGAUGCUGAGGGUGGAAAUCAUGCGGAUCAUGUUGUCAUUUCUAUCCUGCGUUCAGUCACUCAGCUGCUCAGUCUUCAGAGCUUCUGUGAUUCCUUUAAGAGUUUACUCACUGCUGAGGUUUGCUCUAUAAAAUGUUGAUCAAACUGAUCAUCUAUAUUUGUCUAUAUUAGCAUCAGAGGAUAUAGAUUCUUGAUGGGUUCCUCUGUAGACUCUCUCUGGGUCUGAAGGUCUUUCCCUCUAAAUGAACUCUGGAGUUUCCUCACAGCCUCGGAGCUGUAAACUCGGAGCAGGUAAACACUCUUAUGUUAAUGUGAAUGCACCGCCGAGACGCUAAUGCCAGCAGCUACGCAGCAUAAAUCUGAAUCUGAAUAACCUCCUUUCUGCGUCUUUGACAUCAGAUGAAAACAGUCUGACAGGAUCGUCGUAGAGUCAGAAAGAGGUAUUUACACCAGAUCCACUCUUCAGCAUUACUGCCUUAAUCACAUUAGGAUUAGAUUACGACCCAAAAUAUUCAAUUACAUUAAAACCAUCUUGAGUUUUGACUGUUAAACUGUUUAAAGGUGUUUGGACGUCACUGAAUUCUGGAACGUUGGAGGGUUUCAGAACUCUGAUGGAAGCUGUUCGGGUUCUGAAAGGCGGGAAUGUUUCAGAUUCUGGAACACUGAGUUCUAGAACGCUCUGAAAUGUCUUGAACCUCCUUUUUGAAGGUGUUGUAGUCAGGAUCUGAGUUAGUUCCAGUUUUUAGUAGAAAUCUUGAAUGUAAACUCUACCCCUCCCAACCAGUUUUCCCUCAGCACCUCCUCUCCCCUCAAGCCCCGCCCACAAACAGACGCUCCUGCUCGCUCGUAUCGUUCCAAUUAAAUUCAGAUAUAAUGCAGAUAAAUCCUUCAGAUCAUUACAAAUGGGGCCCAGUCAAGGUGAAAGUCAAAAGCAUUGGUGCUACUGUAGAUGCCAACAGACUACCAGCAAACACAAUGUUUGCAGGACUUCUACAACGAGGAUAAAGUGACAUAGUCCAGGACCCGAGGGAGGACAGUUUAGCGAUGGCGCUACAACACGCUACAGCAGGUCCGUUUGACAAGAAACACUUCUGUUACAGACACUUGUCUUACUUUGUUAAAGCGGUUUACCUGUCCAGCAGAAAGGUUACAGGGUCACCAAGAUCCCCAAGCGUCCCCCAUCGUUUAUGUUGACCCGGCUUUUUAGCUCUUGUCCGGUCUACCUCCGUUUUAAGCGCCCGUUAUUCCUCCAGAGUCUCCGGUAUUUACUUUGUUUUCUUGCUUGUGUCGGCAGUCGUGGCCAAAGGAGGAUUCAGACAAUUUUCCGAACUUUCUGGUUGGUUUCUACUGUCCGAUAUUGUAGCACGCUAACUUUGUUUGGGCUCCUGAACGACACGGGGGAGCAGCGUCUGCCUCACAACCAAUCAGGUUAGAGGAGGUGGAGAACGGCUUUGUUUACAGUCAGAAAGAGCGGACCGCUCAAAAAUGUUCAAACGUUGACGACACAGACAUAAGAGAACACAGAGAUAUCGAUAUAUUACCAAAUGUCAUCAAUAACUAAUAACUAUUGACUGAUAUUAGACGAUUUUUUGUAAAUACACCACAAACAAAAUCCUGGUUCAUCAACUGGUGAUUUCACAAAUUGGUUGAAAUCUCUUGAGGGUUUUUAUAAAUUCUUGAGUUUUUGAACAAAAUGUUCACAGCAGCCUGAAAUCUAAUCCUGGGAUUCUGACAACACACCUUUAUCUCUCACAUAGAACUGAUAUCCAGUAACUUCACUUUGUUUUUAUUUAUAAAACAUAAUAAAAUAAUCAGCCUGAAGUUCACUCGUUCCAGUGGGAAUGAAACACUGCUGUUAGAAACACAAACUCAUUAAAGUGAAGAUCAGAUGAUCGGUGAUGAAAACGUUCGGUUCUCUCUCCUCCUCUCCGUCUUCACCCUCCGGUUAAUCUCAAACAUGGAGGAUUAGAAAAAGGUGUGGAGGGCCAAACGCUCUGACCUGCUCCUUCAGUUAAGAGACGGACUCAUUAAAUGUCAAAUGAGACAAAACAUGAGCUAAAAUGUCAAAUUUGAAUUUCAAGGCAGUCAGGUGGUCAUUAAUCUUCACGGGGGAUUGGAGGGCGCUCCUCUAAAGCUUUGUAAUGAGAAAUGAGGUGAAGUCGAUUUGGAGAACAGUUUCUGUAACGGGCAGAGAAGAGGCCACUUCCCACUUUAUUAUGCAAGACCAGAAACACCGUCAUGAAGACAGAGGACUGGUGCAAACUGAGCAGGAUAAAGACGUAUAAGUAAUGGGAUCAUAAUGUCUUUUCUUAUAAACAGAACAUUUAUCCCUGCAUGCUGAGAACAACGGGAGGCUCUGGAGAGCGCUGAUAACCGACAAACAUUCAUAAAUCCUGCAGCUGCUUCCAUAAAUGGUCAAAAACGGCUCCUCGAGAGCGGCGCUCCCAUGAUGCCGAGCCGACCUCCGAUGUUUCUGUCUUCGCUGUCAUGUGAGGUGACGUUCGGGGCAGCGGCGAGCAUCCCACUGACAUCUCUGAAUUCCUGCAGAAGCGGCGGCUGUUAUUUAUGGAGCGGGUCUGGGAAUCCUUCUGUUAGGAGUUCUGACAGCGCCGCCUCUCCCACCCCUCUCUGACCAUGACUUUAACCUUUUUUACAAAGUUCAAACCAUCAAGUGGAAACUUCAGAAUAGAGCCACAACAUUUUUACAUUAUUGUGAUUUUCAAAUACUUUCACAAACUCCAGUCCUGUCCAUGAAUCAAUGAAAAAUACUAAUUUUUAUAACAUAAUCAAUCACCCGUUUAUGUAUGUGACGAAUAUUUAAGGCCCUAAAAUGUCUUAAAAAAUGUCUUAUUGUCUCUCUUUGACCUGAUAUAUAAACACUGAACACUUCAUCAAGUCCACUCUGUCUCUGUGAAUAUGUCCUCGUUCACUCUGAGGAGACAAAGUCUACAAGGGCAGAGCUAAAAGUGUUCAGGAUUCAUCUGAGCAUGCCCAGACUUUAAUCAUCAAUCUGCAGCAUUAGCUGUCCGGCCUCAUCGGUGUACGGUCCGUGGAGACGAGUGGAGCGAGUGUGGAAAACCGAGUCCACAGAGGUGUGACUCUCUGCCCUCUCGGCUGCGUCAGCGAGUCCGCUCGGACAUAUGGCGCGCAGACAUGGCGGAGCGGGAAAGUGGGCUAAUGAAUGCGACUCAGACGGAGGAGAGAGGAGCAGACAUGUCUGCAGGAGCUGGAGGGGAGGCUGCAGAACAAUAACUGACUCAUUCAGCUCUCCUCCUGCGGACGCUCGCUUUGAUUUACGGCCUCGAUUCUUCCUGACGACCACGAUGACUCUCUGCAGGAAGAAGUCAGUGCGACACACGGGAAUGAUCGGGAUUGGACGCUUUGACCACUCCUAAAUCAGCUGUUUCCAGAUUUCAGUGAGGGGCCGCCUGGUUUCUGAGGCGCUCGGUCGGUGUUUGACAUCACCGCCGCCUCCAUAUUCAUGAAUGAUACCGAAUAAACGUUUCAGAUCUGUGUCAGAACAGAGUCUGAGGAAGUUUUCACACUGACGGAGGACCUCCACAGAUCCACCCAAAAACUCCGGCCUAUUUAGGAGUUCAUCCUGCAACACAAAUAGAGUCUGAGUCGCCUCAAAGUGGGACAUUUUAAAUAGCUUUAGUCAGUGAGGACGACCUUUAUUCAGAGAAAACAAGAACACUGGGAAUCAUGGUGAUCGAGUCAUCUGAGGAAAACAGGAGGAGGACGAUUUUAACCGAGAAGACAAACGAAGAAAGAAAAUGUCAAAGAGGGGAUGAGAGGAUCACAGGUGUGGGUCUCAGUUUGGUGCCUGAGGUCUAAAAACUCACAUCAAACUCUGGGGUCAGGUCGGUUUACUAUAAUCCAGAUUUGGAUUAAAGAAGUACAACAGGAGGCACUGAAAUACGAUAAAAUACUGUAUUUUAUUUGACCAUAACAGAGUAACACUGUGAUGUACGACUAACCCACUAACACCCCACAGUAACAGCUCAGCGUGAACAUUUCCUCUGUGAGUCUGAUCACUAAAACCUCCUCCAGGACUUUAACAACACGCCUCAAACAUUCACAGGUCUGCUCAGAGCGGCGCCUCCUUCUCACACUGAAGGAAGAGCGCCAGAGUCGGCGAGCGCUCUGUCGGUCUGUUGACCUGCAGGGAGGCGGUGUGAACGGGGGUCACAGCAGCCAGAUGAGCUCAGAGCCGGGUCUCUGAGGGUCUGGGUCAUCAUCUCAGAUCCGGCCUUCUGUAUGUACUGUGACGGUCGCUGAAUCCCAGGCUAAUGCACAAUGACAUUACGGAGCGGCGGCGGCGGCUAAUUAAUUCAGUGAAUCAGAUGACUUUGUUAAAGAGCGUCCCCGCGCUCUGCCCUGAAUGACACCAUGACCUGAGAUGAAAGUGAGCUUGGCUCCUCCUCUGAAGCUCUUAUGAAAACCGCGCCUCCAUAUCUCCGUGUCCUCCUGCUCCCGUUCACCAAAUCUUAAUCCUCAUCAUCAGAACGCUUCUCAUCGCGCCGCCAUUCCUCCGUUUCCUUCUUGUUUGAAUUUAAUUCUCCAUAUUUAUCAUGAGCCUCCUCUUCCUCCUCCCUCGACCCCCCACCGCCAGUUUCCCCUGCGUCCCAGCAGGAUUUGGUCCAGCCUGGAUUUUGGCGGUCGAGUUUAGAGAAGGGCACCGGAGUGUAACCGUCAUGUUGCCUCCCACAGCGGACCAACUGCAGCUCUGCUCGCCGGCGUGAAGGCUGCAGAAAUGAUUUAAGACGUUCACGCAGCUUAAAGCGAAUCAUCCUGUUUUGUUCACGAUGUUUUUGUAAAAUUAGACUUUCAGGAGGGGAAGACCAGACCACGACUCCGGACUGAGUCACUUCAUGUUUGAAAACAGAUUUAAAGGUGGAGGAGGCAGGAAUCCGUGAGAGAGGCAGCUUUUCUCUGUCAGUACUGGGUUCUAGAAUAUUGUGAGUAGAUUCUAGAAUGUUAUUGGAUUCUAGAAUGUUGUUAGUAGAUUCUAGAAUGUUGUGAGUAUAGAUUCUAGAAUGUUAUUGGAUUCUAGAAUGUUGUGAGUAUAGAUUCUAGAACGUUGCAGGGUUCUAGAAUGUUGUGAGUAUAGAUUCUAGAACGUUGCAGGGUUCUAGAAUGUUGUGAGUAUAGAUUCUAGAAUGUUAUUGGAUUCUAGAAUGUUGUGAGUAUAGAUUCUAGAACGUUGCAGGGCUCUAGAAUGUUGUGAGUAUAGAUUCUAGAACGUUGCAGGGUUCUAGAAUGUUGUGAGUAUAGAUUCUAGAAUGUUACUGGAUUCUAGAAUGUUGUGAGUAUAGAUUCUAGAAUGUUAUUGGAUUCUAGAAUGUUGUGAGUAUAGAUUCUAGAAUGUUGUGAGUAUAGAUUCUAGAAUGUUACUGGAUUCUAGAAUGUUGUGAGUAUAGAUUCUAGAAUGUUGUGAGUAUAGAUUCUAGAAUGUUACUGGAUUCUAGAAUGUUGUGAGUAUAGAUUCUAGAAUGUUGUGAGUAUAGAUUCUAGAAUGUUAUUGGAUUCUAGAAUAUUGUGAAUAUAGAUUCUAGAAUGUUAUUGGAUUCUAGAAUGUUGUGAAUAUAGAUUCUAGAAUGUUGUGAGUAUAGAUUCUAGAAUGUUAUUGGAUUCUAGAAUGUUGUGAGUAUAGAUUCUAGAAUGUUGUGAGUAGAUUCUAGAAUGUUACUGGAUUCUAGAAUGUUGUGAGUAUAGAUUCUAGAAUGUUGUGAGUAUAGAUUCUAGAAUGUUAUUGGAUUCUAGAAUGUUACUGGAUUCUAGAAUGUUGUGAGUAUAGAUUCUAGAAUGUUGUGAGUAUAGAUUCUAGAAUGUUAUUGGAUUCUAGAAUGUUGUGAAUAUAGAUUCUAGAAUGUUAUUGGAUUCUAGAAUGUUGUGAAUAUAGAUUCUAGAAUGUUGUGAGUAUAGAUUCUAGAAUGUUAACAGGGUUCCAGAACGCUGAUGUAAGCUGUCCGGUUCUGGAAGGCUGGAAUGUUUCAGAUUCUGGAACACUGAGUUCUAGAACGCUUUGAAGCUUCUUAAAGAGACAGUAACCCCUGACGGAGCCCUUUGUCUCUCACAGAGCGUUUGCGCCCCGAGUGUUCAGAGACACUUCCUGACCUGGAAUAAUACCGCGGCGUGUAGCAGCAUGUUUCUGCAAGGAUCUUCAAAGCUGUUUUGCAAACAGAGUAAUGUGUUGUUGACUCACUGUGAGUAGCUGAGUGGUAUUAUUCUGAUUCUUCUUAUUGUGUUCUCCGUCUGCCUGCGACGUUACAUAACUGGGGGGUCAGAUUAUGAAAGCCGGGCGGGAGAUGAAGCAGCGGGGUUGAAGCGGAGCGUCUCACAGCCUUCAGCAGCACAGAUGAGAGAUAAAUCGGUGAUGAUGCUCGUUUUCUAAACAUGAAUUUUAUUCAGUGUUGGUUUUCAAAAGUGAUCAGAAUGUUUUGUGUUAAAGGAAUCCCUUAAAAAAGUUCAGUUUAGCUCCUCUUUACCGGAGCGGCUUCAAGCUCAGGCCGGGCAAACAUGGCGGCUGACAGGCUGUCCUGAGGCCAGACUUUGGAAUAAACCCCAGCAGAGAGUCGCUGUUUUUCUGCUGCCGUGAACAGCUGCAGCACAAACAGACCAUGUGACGGUCACAGAGGAUCGCUGCCUGUCUACGAGAAAACAAAUGGGAGCAGUUUUAUCUCUCCAUCCAAAACAAGAGUUUUAUUUUCCAGAGGAGCUGAUGAAUCCAGAAACAGAUGGAGCUGAUGGUGCAGUAUGUGGCUCCGCUCUCAGAUUCAUUAAUAAUGGUGUGAAGUACAGAUGAACUGCAGCUCUUAGCUGAGCAAUCAAAGAAUAAUCUUUUUAUUAGCUGUAUUUGUAUUUUUCUGAUCAUGCAAAUAAUCCUAAUCUAAUGAAUGAUCCUCCGAAGUGUCGGCUGUUUGCUGCCUGUUUCCUUACAGGCUGGUGUCAGUGUGAAGAUAAGGGGGGAUAAUACAGAGUGAGCUGUGCUUAUUCAGCUCUAUUGAUCGGUGUGAUGCAUGUGAUGUGAAGGAGCCGCAGACCUCCACCUUUUCACGCUCCUGAUCCUUAAUCAGGGCUGCAGGGAUCAGCAGUCAUUCGGGGCCAGAGUAGAAAAAAACAGUAACUGUAGUGCUCUCCAAUUGAUCCGUUCCUGUGUUGCAUGUUUGUGCGGCUGCCAGGAGGGUAAGUCGUGAUAAUGCAGGAAGAAGUGAUGAGAAAAAGAAGGAGGGAAAUAAAAGGGGAGUGAAGAUAAACCCAUCAGGAGGAGAGGAGUCGAGUGGAGCCUGACCUACGCUGAAAUUAACCCGGACACCAGCAGCACUUCUGCAAAAACCUCAGAUCUCUCUGAGUGAUUGGUCUCAUAACUCGUCAAAAUACCUCAUUAGACUAAAUAUGAGCCACACCGACCUGACGGGUCUGAGCAAAUCUGUUCAAACCGGCAGGAAAUUAAAGCUGAGGGCAGGAAUGAGUUUCCAAAUCGUCCAGGAUCUUCCUGACAGUUUAUUGAAAACACAUAAAUUUGAAGGCUUAUUCAGGAGUAUCAACCACUGUGCAAAACAUGUCCAUUUACAUAUAUAUACUCUUAAUAUUUAUUUACUGUACUAUUGCACUGUUUGCACUGCACUAAAGAAUCUUUAACUCGUAUAUAUCUCAUUGUACUCCAGUACAGUUACAAUAAAGGUCAUUCUGAUUCUCUGAUUCUGAGUGCAUACAUGGGAGAUAGUGGGCGCUGCUCAUGGCCAGUAGGUGUCACUAUCACUGCGACAAAAAUGUCUGAAGAUCGGCUCAGACUGAAAUCAUUACCAGACUUCUGAAAAUGAGAGAAGGUCAGGUUUAGUGUUAUAGUUAGUUCCAUGUAUUUCCACAAGGGGGCGCUAUGACAGGAGUAAAGGACUAAGCAUAAAGAUGUGUUAAGGAGUGUUCUUGAUCAUGUAUGUGAAAUAUUAAACUAAUCGAACCCUGUAUGAAGAAGUUUCAUACCUCCUUCGCCUCUGAUUGGCUAGAAGUGCUGGGCUCCAAUUGGUUAUUCCUAAUAGCUGUGAAACGGGUUAGGGUUAGGAGAUUCAGACGUGGGAUAAUGUUCUGUUCGAUGUACAGAGCCGACAGCCCGCGUUUGGCUUGAGCGCUAGAUGACGUUUCCAGCUUUUCUAGCCAAUCAGAGGCGUAGGAGGCGGGACUUUCCCCCUACCGUCCUACAAAAAAAAUAUAUUGUGUCCUGUUUGGUGGCGUAACGUCAAACUGACCCACAAAAAAUCUGAUAACUUUUAAUUUUGAAAGUGUUUACGACACACGAUAUGAUCAAUCUUUAUUUAUCCAUCAUUAUUAUUAUUAUUGAUAAUAACUUCGAUCGUAAUUGUUUUCCGUUUUUUCCAGUGAUCCCGAUCUUUUGGUUCGGCUCUCAGCGACAAAUUUACUCUAACUGUUAGUUUUUAAAGCUGCUCAUGUUUGGUCAGUUUUAAAUAGUUCCUGUCAGAUAAUCUAAGAUCUUUGAAUUAAUUUAAUCUGUUAAUCUAUGUAUUCUGUCUCUUCCAGCUGUAUUCUUCAAAUCUGUUUUCCCUCCCUCUCUUCAUUCGACUCUGAACCUCAUUUUCUGCUCAUUUGCUUCGACAACAAACACACAUUUUAGUAAAAGCCACAUCUCUAUAACUGACGCAGCGUAAUCCAGACAAACACGGGUCCCAGAAUCAACAUAAAAAACCUGUCCCAGUGCCUCUUAUCAGUCUGCACGGUCGUCCUGUUCUGACAUGGAGGUGAAUGUUGCUCCUGCAGAUCGGACGUUUGACUCCUCUCGCUCGGAUCUGCUCUGUGAAUAAAUAAAACACUGCCGGAUGAAACGUUGAUAUCCCGGGGAUCUGGGUGACUUCAUAAAAAGACGAUCCACGCUCGUCUCCGCUCGUACAGUAGGUGAGGUGAGGCGCUGAGAGUUGCGUGACCUGCACUGAAAUUAACCCUGACACAAGCAGCUAGUGCCAUCUGCUGCAUGAGCGAUCACAGAGGGGUCUUACUGUGCCUGCACACUGACCCCCCCCACACACACACACAUAUACACACAUUCUACAUGCAAACGCCAUUUUCUAUUUCUGCACGGCUCAGAUCUUUAAAGGGACCCCAGGAAGCUGUAAGUCCAGAAUCCUUUAAGGAGCGGAUCUGUGGGGCACAAUGGCCGACAUUUGCUGUCUUCUGAGCUCAGGCGUGAAAGCCUGCACUGCCCGUUAAUAAUGCAUGAGCUUCCAGAGUUGUGGUCUCAGGGAGUGGUGAAGGGGGUGAUGGGUGGUGGUGUCAGUGUGGGUAUGAGGGUCCGGCGGGCCCUCUAAAGUAGCCCACGUGUCAGAGAGGCGGCUCAGCUGUGAUCUUAUCCCUGGGAUUAGCGAGCCAUGAGCCGGCAUUAAUUAAUCAAAGCACAUCCAGGCGCUGAAAGGCAAUUUAUUGAAAUGGAAUGAGAGAUUAAACUGGAAUUAUUUAUACGGGCUGUAACUGGUGUGAGGGGUUCUGAUGUUUGGAAGCGUCCUGAUUUUCACUAUCAGCUCUGCAUUGCAGUGGGGAGGUCAGAUUGGAGCGGCUCUUCGCGGGCCUCUCCGCUCUAUCGAGGUUCUCCUCUCAGUGUGGGAGCGCAGAUUGCUUAAUACCGCGGCGUUCAAGAGUGUGACUGCGGAUCCCAUAUCUGUUAAUGGCUUCUAUACCAGACAAGGAGCCCGAGCGGGAGAAAAGGCGGCGUUUUCUCUCGUUACAUGAGCUCGUCGGCGCUGAGGUGGAAAAAAUGACAGAGUGAUUACUGUCACAGUGUACUCACGUCCACGCUCUUCUGUUGCAGUGGCUGAGUACUCGCCUUAUCGAGGUGCGUUUGUGCUUUUCUCUGUAUUUCUAAAGAGGACGGAGAUGGUCGGCGCCUGCGUGAAGGGAUGGUGUGUGUGUGUGUGUCUUGGAGCGGGAGCAGCUGUGCGCUUCAACUUGUUAACCUCAGAGUGUGGCAGGUGUGGGCUGCAAGGUGCUGAGGAGCUGAGUGGGCAGGAAGACGCCAACAGAGCAGAGGGAGAAGGUGACAUACAGUACCUGUAAGACAGAGAAGUGGGCUCAAUGUGACCUUUCCGUACACUGUCAGUCUGUAAGGAGGGAAGUAUUGCACAACCACGACGUCGAUCAGCGAUUGGACGAAAUGUUAAUGUAGAUAAAAACAGACUUUGAGGUUUAAAAUCAUGAAGAGGAGAUUUUAACUCUUAAAACAGGAACGACGAAAACAGGUAAAAAUCAGCUGGAGGAAGAUCUCCAACUAAUGAGGUCGACGUCCGACAGGUUAGUCACAUGACUGCGUCGAAAAAGGACAGUGAGAUAUCUGGUCUCUUUCCUGGAACAGCUCUGAUCUGGAAUGACAGCGAUUUUCGCCGUACGGUAAUUCCUACCGGAUCCGUUUGUGAGGCGAAUUUCGUGGCAGAUUAGGGACAAAAGGAAUUGCGAGAACUCACAAGAACCCGCGGAUUCACGUUCAAUCUCGCGAUAACGAGUUGUCUCUCUAAAGACAGACACAUAGACAUAUAAGCAGUAGAUUGUGUCCUUCCAGAGGAGGAAAUCUACUUCUAGACUUCUAGAAUCAGCAUCUCCUCAUCCAUGGUGUCAUCGGGGUGAAAUGACGUCUAAAAACCUUUCACUUGUUCGUCUCCGCCCGUUUGCAUAAGGCUGAUCCGUCUCUAAGGCUGAUCCGGUCCUGUUAAGCAGCUGAAAUCCUCUAUCAGGCCAGACUGGGACUCCAGAACCUGGUCUACCGGGUCCACUGAGUAUAUGACUCACAAUGAAGAGCAGAUGUUGAACAAUAACAUUUCUAAGUCCCAGCAGUGAUUUGUUGUCUUUGUUAUAUUUACAGGCUUUACCAGCAGAUUCUGCUGUGGUCAGCACUUUUCACACAAAACAAUGAAUCAGCAUUUCUCAAUAUUGAUCCAAAGAUUGAUAACUAAUAAAAGAAAAACCUCCUCUUGGCUCAGAGGAAUCAGGAGUGUCCCAAUUAGGAUUAUUAUUGAGCUCAUUGUUGGUUUCGAUCAUCUCUGCUGAAGUUAAAGGAUGUUUGAGGAAAUCUGAUGAGUAAGCGUCUUUAAACCGCCUCCCUUCAUUUCCAGGGUAGUAAAAAAAAAAGUGCUUAUGCCCAAAGUAAUAAAAUAAAAACUAAAAAUGUUGCUUUGAUACGAUGGAGUUAAUAUUUAAUUAUUUCAAAGAGAGAAUAACACGGUGAACAUCAUCGGCAGUGAGAGCCAGAGUCUGUAAACGGUCACAGUCAGCAGUCUGUUGAUGUGCAAUAAAAGAGUCAUAAAGUAGAAACACAGAAAGUCAGACAUCUCUGAGUGUGUGUGAGUGUGUGUGUGUGUGUCCAUGCAGCAGAUGAAGACAGAAGAGAUGUGUGUGUACUUUCACUGUCACACACACAAACCUUAUUCUCUAACAAACAAUCAGCAGGAAUGUCACUCUGAGCAGUUAGCCCUCAGGAUGUCACAGCUGAUUAUCGGUGAUGUCGUGGAAACUCUGAUCAGUCAUGAGAAAGACUUCUCGGUAAAGCCUGUGGCGGGUAGAGCACACCUCUCCUACGUUUUAUCUGCAUAUGGCAGAAAUCGAGGCAGGGAGAGCAGCAGCAAAGACCCCAGGGACCAGAACGGAGCAGGACCCUUUCCCUGAAUUUCCACUUGAUCCAUUUGUGAAAUUGGACACAUUAACUUGAAUGGUUACGAUCAGCUACGAUCGGAGGAUACGACCUUUUAGUAGAUGUUCUGGAUGCGGUGGAAAUUGGGGGGUUACACAUGCAUAUAUAAGAGGCUUCACAUGAAACACCCAGGCUGGGGGAGCAGACUUCAGUGACCUUAAAUAUAACAUUUGUAAAAUCAAAAGUGUAAAUGGAUGACAUAUGGUUUGCAACAUUAAUAGGUGCUGGAAGAGUAGUGUGCACAUGUGUGUAAUCCUUCCUUUAUGUUGCCUUUGAAUGCAUGAAAAUCCAAGGCAGGGAGAGCAGCAGCAAAGACCCCCUGAAGUACAGGGGUCUUUGCUGGCUGAGGCGGAUUAAAUAAAAAUCCCAGUUUACCGUCUGCUGAUGGAUCCAUAGAAAAUAAACCAUCUUUAGUUUUUUAUAGAAACACAUUUAAAGAGUUUUUCUCCAAAUGAAAGUGAAUAUUAUGGUCACUGAUAAACAAACAGAAAGACCAUGAGACAUUUCCUCUAACCUGGAACUGUUGUGGUGGAUUCUGUCGGUGUGAAACAUGCUGUCAGUGGACACAGGCCCUCAGUGUGUUUAGAUUGACGAGUCGGGACACGGCGAGUUUGAGUUACAUCACUUUGAUUUUUUUCCACCGUCAUGUUUUUGAUGGAGGACUAAUGCUUUCACUCCUCGGCCCCGGACUCUCCUCUCCUCUAGACUGCUCUCAUAUUGAUCUGCACCAGUUUAUACCAUCUCCCUCCAUACACUGACCUCCCACUAACCCCACCAUACGCUGCUCUCCCAGCUCGGCCUGUCAUGGCCGAAUAAUGAAGCACUGCAACGCUUCCUGACCCUCGGCAGCAUUAAUCAAACCAUGAGGUCACUUUGACAUUGAUCCCAGCUCCUCUGGUUAUAAAUCUUUAUGUUACGACCUCGGCUAAAGAGACUCUGAAUUCACAUCUGAAGCCUGUCUUAAACGCAGGAACAACAUGAAAAGAAAAUAUGGAUGCGUGUGUGCGUUAGUGUUUUCACUGAGAGGAUAGUGUACACUCUGUGACCGUGGGGGAGCCGUGUACGAGUGUGUGUAUCUAUGACGGACUCCAGCAGAGACUCGGUGUGUGACCACCCGGGUUAUCUGGUCCGCAGCAGCCAUUCAGGACAGCACAUUAACACAUAGAUGGAUGCAGUCAUUGUGGAGAUAAAUGGCAGAGGUUCCCACUCCCCCCGAAGGGCGCCAUGAGACGGGAGUUAUGUCAACGACAUCAUUCUUCAGCACUGGUGUCUGUUACACACACACACACACACACACACACACACACACACUAUUGUGAACAUCCCAAACUCCGCUGCAGUGUGUGUGUGUGUGUGUGUGCGGAGAUAAAGAGAUGUGUUCAAACUGCUGAGUCAUUGUGUGUUCAGAUUCAGCCUUAACAACGACAAAGCUAAAGGAGCAGUCCGCAGAUUUCUCUAAUCCUGACCAUGAGUGGAUGAGCAGCCCGGAAUAAAAACCCCGGGGGGCCUCGGCUGCAGUUCGAGGAUUACAGAGAAGAUUCACAGUCGUGUAGAAAAAAUAGAUUUAAUUCUUAAGAAACUCACAUUUAUACACAGAGUCGUGGAUCCUGCAGAGGAGCGUUUUAACACUCUGUAAGAACGAGUGAGAGUCAAAGAGGUUAUGAUGAAUACAUGAAUGAAUGAAUGAAUGAAUCUACAGUCAGUCAAAGUAAUGGACACAGAAAAUAACAGAUCAAUAAGUGAAGUAUUAUAAUGACAACUAACUUACUAGAUCACCAACUUUGAUCUUUACCACAAAUAACUGAAAUGAACGACGUUUGACACGGCGAGGUCAAAAUUACGGCUAAAACCCACAGGAUCCGUAUUUGAUCCACCUGCCAGUCCGGAGUGAAGUGGAGCCGUUUCAGAUCCUGUGGAAUCCCCGGGUUAGAGUUAAACAGUUAACUUAGUCAGCAACGACAAAGAUAAUCCAGAUAAUAAUAGUAAGAAUAAACUAAGUUAGCUAGUAACUAAGUUAGCAAGUCGAUUAAAUACUAAGUUAGUGAGCGAGUAUAUGAUGGUGAGUGUUAGUAAGUUUGUAGAGUGGUUAGUCGGUCAAAGAGUCGGUUAGUUUAAUAGUUGACUGGUAUGUCAAUCUGUCAGUUAGUAUAAGUAAGUUAGUUACAUAGUUAGUGAGCAAGUUAGUUAGUUUAUACAUAAGCUGUUGGUUUGUUCAUAAUAUAGGUUUUCCAUUUACUUAGUUAGUUAAUAAGUUAGUUGGUCAAUCGAUGAGUUAUUUUGGUCAUCAGUUAGCCGGUUGGUAAGAGAGUUAAUUGGUUGGUUAGUUACUCAGUUUAACAGUGAAGUGGUCGGUAAGAAUGUCGCUAAAUUAGUUAUUUAGUUAGAUUGUUAAAUAAUGAUUUUGUUACUUAGUUGGUUAUUUUUUUAAUUGAAUAGUUGUGAUUUGGUUUGUUAGCACCUAGGAAGUUAUUUACUAAAUCAGUUAGUCAGUUUGUUUGUUAGUAUAAGUUAGGUAAAUAGUAAAUGAGUGAGUUAGUUAUUCAGUUUAACAGUGAAGUGGUUGGUGAGAAUGUUACUAAAUCAGUUAUUUAGUUAGUUAGAUAGUUAGCAUUUUAGUUACUUAGUUAUUUAUGCAGCUGAAUAGUUAGUGAUGAAGUUUGUUAGUCAGCACUUAAAUCAGUUAGUUAGUCAUUUAGUUAGUUAGUGUCUCGGUCAUGUCGUUAGUCAGUCAGUUGCUUGUCGAUCACUCAGGUAGUCGGUUAGUUAUUAGUCAGCUGUGCAAGAGUCAGUCAGUCAUUGAGUUAGUAAGUUAGUGAGUUAGCUGGUUAGCUGGUUAGUAGAUUAAUUCCAGGUGGAGCAGGUCACAGCGGUGUUGGUAAAGGUUACUUGAGUUCAGAGCUGCAGAUUCACCGUUUUCAAACAUGUUUGUUCAGUCUGAGAGAAAUGAGACGUCAGGCUGAAAAUGACCCAGUUUGUCUUUUAUUUAUUUUCAGGCUAAAUUCAGUUUUUAUGACCAUCAUUAGAGCGGCUCACUUCUAAUUACAGUAAAUGAAUCUGUGCAGCAGGAGGAGGAGGAGGAGGAGGAGCAGGAGGAGGAGGAGGAGCUGCACUAACCCGGCAGGUUCCUCCUCAUACGUUCACUAACACUGCACUAAGAUCUCCAUGCCUUUGUGUCGUCAGCUGAGCUGCUCAUGGAGGAGAGAUCGAUGUUGGAGCUGCAGCAGUUCGACUCUGAGAGGUUGUGAGUCGAUUCCUGCUGCAGGUUCGAACACUUCAGAUCAGACUUUUUCUCUUUGUCUUCUGAAACCCGGCAGAUCUUUGUGAUCCUCUGACUUUCUCAAACUGUUAAAGAUGAUUAAUCUUCACUGCGGAUCAAUAUCAGACCUCUGCUUAGUCUUAUUACAUUAUGUGAGAGCAGGGAUGGAGGCGCAGCGCCUCAGCUGCAGCUCAGGAGCUUCAUAUAUUUCCCUGAGUGUAUUAGAUUUAUUUCAUAUACUGCUUCAUCUUCGGGGGUCGGCGCUCGCUGCAGGGAGGGAGGGAGGGGGCGCUCUGAGGGGACGGGUGUUUUUAUUUUCAUUGAAGGAAAACGUUCACAGGAGGGUCGAUGAAAUGCAGCGGAAGUUAAAGCGCAGUGCAGAUGAGAUUUGAGCGGAGAUCAAAAAGCAGCUCAUCAGGAUUCAGAGUCAGUGAGACGGGGGGGGGGAGGCAGGGGUAACCCUCCUUUCUAGACGAGGGAUUCCUUUACUGCAGUGAUCAGCACUCCCCCCUCCUCCUCCUCCAUCUCUCCCUCCCUUUUUCUCACUCUCUCCCUCUUCCUCGCCACGGCGCUCUCUCUCACGCUGCCGUCACGUUUCCGUCUGCUGCAGGGUACAGUAUACGCAGCACAUGGUUAGAAAUGCGAGCGCACUCGUGACUCGCACGCUCUUACUCCAGCCUUCAUUUAUCUCCAUCGCUCCCCUGCUGCUCCUCCAUUUAUCCUCCUUUCUUUCUCCUCCUCACAUCUCUUUCUCUCCGCGAGCUCAUCCGUCCGUCCCUCCUUCCUUCCACCCUCGUCCUCCUCGCUCUCCCCCUCUUAGCCGUAUGACAUUGAUUCCAAGGUUGCUGUGCUAUUGACUGCUGCUUCACUGUUAAAUAUUUCAGGCGGUGUUUCAGUGGCGGCGGCGGCAGGGGGAGGAGAAAAAGGGGGGAGUAUGGGGGGGUCGCUGACAGACUGGCCGACAGAUGGGCGGACGGAGACACGUGUGCGCACUUGCCACCUGCAAAGGUACAUUCACACGUUCACGUCACUCCACAGAUGGAUCCGCACUCACACCGGCGCCAUAUUUGCAUACGUCUGUGAUGCGGCGUGGGUCGGUGCUGCUGGUGUUUCAUCUCAGUGACGUCUUUGAUGAGACACCGGGCCUGUGCAGCCAUGACGCCUCCUCAGCGUGUCACCUGAUCAGACGACUCGUGGUUGUUUGGGUUCCUCUCAGAACCACGAAACAACAAUCCGUGUUUCAUUCCGACACACGGACUCACAUUUCAGCGAGUCGGCACGUCGGCCUCGGUCAGCGGAGUCGGUCCUGACGCUCUGAAGGUGGAGGCGCCUUAAACCUCCAUGUGAGCGGUGUUACAUAAUGGAGUAACCUGUAAUUGAGAGGAAGCUCAGACUCAGGCGUGCACGCUUCGGGUUCGAUUUCCUAUCAGGCCGAAAUAAAUGACAUGUGGACUCAUUACAUUCAGCGAGCAGAGAGCUGUUUUUACUUUAAAGAGGGUUUCAGUGAAAACCAACCAGCUCAAGGUGUCGCUCCAGGCAGGGAGGAUUACCCAGAGGCUGCAGCCGUGAAGGUUUCCAUGAGGGAGGAGAAACACAAGAGCUACGGCGAACAACACAGACGACAAGGUCCAGAGAUUUCUACAGGACAGACGAUCAGUGAGAGAGUUCCUGGACUGAUGAAUGUCUCUGUAUGUCACCUCUGAGGGUCAGGACAGACCACCAGGACAUGCUAACCCUGAACUAUCACCUUCACCCUGAUCGUCUCCUAAAAGCUCGUAUCCUCCGAUCGUAGCUGAUCGUAACCAUUCAAGUUAACGUGUCAAUUUACACCGACUUCUUUCCGUUCCUCUGCGGAUCGCCGGACUCCUCAGCUGAUCACAAGAGUUCUAUUUUUUCUGGACGCCGGAGCAUGGCGGAUAAAUUCAGCACAGAUUAACCCGUGCUGGAAAGGAAGUCGGGCACAGACACAAAAUAAAACAUCCGGCUUCUUUUCAAAAUAAAACACAAACAGACGAACAAGUGAAAGGUUUUUAGACGUCAUUUCACCCCGAUGACACCAUGGAUGAGGAGAUGCUGAUUCUAGAAGUCUAGAAGUAGAUUUCCUCCUCUGGAAGGACACAAUCUACUGCUUAUAUGUCUAUGUGUCUGUCUUUAUAGAGACAACUCGUUAUCGUGCGAUUGAACGUGAAUCUGCGGUUUCUUGUGAGUUCCUACUGUCCAUAAUCCGCCGUGAAAUUCGCCUCACGAAAGGAUCCGGUAGGAAUUGGUGGAUCCAUCGCUGUUCUGGUGAAAAUUGGGGGUAACCUUUAACCCGAGUUUCUGCAGGCAGAGCAGCAGCAAAGACCUUCAUACUUCGGUUAAAUCAGGAGAUGAUCUUGAGGAUCAGCUGAUCGUCUGUAGCGAGUUCAGUCCUCUUCUUCUUCGUCUCUUUUUUCUUAUAAAUAUAAAAGCUGAGUCGGGGUUUCAUGAGGUCUCUCGUUCCCUCGGGAACCGAACAAGAACACAACAUCAGCCUCCAUCUGUGGAUCCUCACUCGGCCUCUAUAAGUGCCUGAGGACCAGAUAUCUGCAGGAAAACAGAGACAGUGUGAAGAUCCAGCUGACAACACUCCGUUUAGCAGCUCAUCACUAAUUAACGUCAAUCCUAACGAAGCUCAGAGAGGCGUGGAGCGGUGGGGAGCUGUCAUCCUCGGUGUAAAUCUCAACAUUUAUCCCGUCCACAUCCUCUCGGCUCGUUCAUGCAGCAGCAGGAAGCUGAUUCAGACGAGAGCAGAGCUGUGAUUGGCAGACGGCUCCUCUGAUUGGCAGCCGGGACAUUUAGUCAGGAGCGUUUGAUUGGCGGCUGUGUUUGUCUGAUCGAUGCUGCUGCUGGUCCGGUCCUCUCUGAGAAAAAAUCAUACGUCCAGUUUGGGGGUGUUUGUUGUGGCCUGCAGGUUCAGAGCAGUCCGCUACUGUAAAACUUCCUGAAACUUCAUCCUGUUAAAGUUUGUGAAUAAAGUUAUAAAACUACAGGAACAAUCCGGUUCAGAGCCGCUAAACCAGAUUCAUGUCCCCCCGAGGUCUCCGGGGUCUCAGCGCUGAGUUUAUGAUCAUAUCCUGAGUUUCUCUCUCUGUGUUGUUUUUCUGAGCGAUGAUCUAAUCUUCGUUUUUUUUCGUCUUUACCUCCAUCUCCGCUCUGUGAAGUGGACCGUCGGUCUGGUCCAGAUCCAGAAGGACUCAGACUCUCAGCUCAGUAUCUCCUUCCUUCAAAACGUCAGAGUAAGACCAUAAAAGAGAGGAUGUGAGACGUGGUUCAGAUCUGCGAGGUCAGAGAUUUCUCUCAUAGUCGUAAAUCUGAUAUUACACCGAGUCUGCAGAAUCAAAUCCUGCUGGAUGCUGAGUGAAACGAAGAAGAGCUCCAAACUGAAACUCCUAAUCCUGCUCUGUAGGACGGAGGGUAAAGCAGAAGUACCUGUUUCCUCCUUGUUGAUAUCGUCUUUUAAACGCAGAAGAACUUUUAAUUAUUUUAACGAUGAAACGUCUCACUCAUCCAGAGUCAGGGCUGUGAAAAACAUCUACAGAAUAAAAGCAGGGUGAGGGUUAAAUCACAAUUUCUUAGACCGAGCCGAUUUUUCUAAAUCAGGUUACUUUUCUUUACUCUCUACACGACUCUUUUUAAACAAUAAACAUGAGUUUGUUCCAUGGCAACAGUGGAGGAGGGUUCUGGAGAGCUUAGAAGAGCUUUUGGCCACAUCGUUAUACUCCAACUACGCUGGUUACACGGUAGAGAAAAUGGAAUUCCAAUCUCAUUAUCUGGGUGUCUGAAUCAGAGUUCUCAAACUCCGAUUACAGUCGGACUAAGGUGUUUACAUGACCUUCAGUUGUCCGGUUGUUCGGUUUUCUCGAGUGUCAUGGAAAUGUACUGAGUGACAUCAGCGAAGGGAUCAUGGUACCAAAAUCUUGUUCCGACUAGUCUGAACCGACUGAAUAAUUUCUCUUUAAGCUGAGCGGUUCCUCUGUCGGCGUCUGAAACAAAAACAACUCAAUACUGUUUUUUCCUGCAGCUCUGAAGUUAAAGAUGUACGACAUCCUGACUUCCUGUAAAAUCCACUCGCUUUGUGAGUCCGACAGCUUCCCAGUUUACUGCAUGUGUUCCCAUCCUGACAUAACAAUCGUAACAAUCAUGACGGAGUGAAUUAUAAUAAUUGGGCGGGAGGUAGAGCGGUCGUCCAAUAACUGAAGGUUAUCGGCUCGAUUCCCUCCUAUCCUGAGUCUGUCGGUUGAUCAGGACACUUAACCCACUUUGCUCCCAGUGUGUGUCCUCCACUGGUGUGUGAUUGUGAGUGUUGUGUGGUGGUGGUCGGAGAGGCCGCCAUGUUUCCGUCAGUCUGUCCAAGAACAGCUGUGACUGUUGAGGUAGUUUACCACCACCAGGGUGUGACUGUGUGAGUGAAUGAGUGAAUGAAUGAAUGAAUGAAUGAAUGAAUGAAUGAUGGAUCCAAUGGUAAGAGCUUUGAGGGUCUCUGAUCAAGGGCUUUAUGAAAUCUGAUGCAUUAUUAUUAUUAUUAUUAUUAUUAUUAAUUAUCUGAUAACGACAUUAAUCAACCCAGUCAGCUGGUCCGUCUCCUCUGAAGGUGACAGCGUUCAGGAUGAUGAGGAGGUUCUGAUUUUCAGGGUCCAGAACCCCAAACCUCAUCCUGGUUCUGAUGAGUUUGUUUACUUUUGGAGAUUUUCAUGAAAACUUCAAUUUUUAUUUUCUAAUUCACCUGAAAGGAGCUUUAAACUCUGAACCACCGCUCUGAGGACAGACAUGGGGCACCUACCUCUCUCUCUCUCUCUCUCUCCCUCUCUCUCUCUCUCUCUGUCUCUCUCUCUCUCUCUCUCUCUCUCUCUCUCUCUCUCUCUCUCUCUCUCUCUCUCUCUCUCUUAUGUAACCUCCAUUCAGAGACUAAAUUAAAUGAAUAUUUGAAGACGUUUCCUCCUCCUUCCUCUGGUUAAAAAAUCGGAAACCUCCUCCGAGUGUCGUUGUGCAGAAGAAGAGCUGCUGUCAAUCACACGGCGAUCAGACGGUUUUCGGAGACGUCUUCGUUCCUGAGCGAGGUUUUCUUUCACAUACAUGGAUGAAUAUUUAUUCAGACUCUGAGGACACAUAAUGAGACUCCCAGUUCGGCUCUGGUAUUUGCAUUUUUCUCUGUUUUAAUCAAAAUUUCCGGCGGCUUUAAUAACCUCCACAUUACCACAAACUCCCUGACUGUUUGCAGCUCUUAUUAAAAAUGAUGAUGAUGAUGAUGAUGAUGAUGAGUCGCAGAGAGCACAACUCAAACUUCUAUCUGACUCUCUCUUCACCCUGGGCUCUCUUUCUCGCCUGAUUUGCGGCGUCUCGUCCUCGCCGUGUAAAUGUGAGGAGAUCUGACAGCCUGUCUGCUGCCUUUUAAGGCUCGGUGGCGGAAAACGUGACGGGCGCUGUAAUGCGGCGCAUAAGGACACUCCUACUUUGCCGGGGUAACGGUGUACUGUAGCAACAGAGGAGGGAAAAAAACGAGGGUUUCCCCGAGCUCUGCUGCUCCUUCCUCCUCCCUCCCUCCCUCCUUUCCUCCCUCCUCCCUCGCUCCCUCCCUCCUCGCUCUCGUGGAGAAGGAAACUGAACCACAUUGUUAUUAUUAUUCAGGCUGCCUUUGCUCGCCUCCUCCCUGUCUCUCCCACUGUGAUGUUUUUUUGGGCAUGAAUGCUCGGAGUGUGUUUGAGAUUUUCUGCGUCAUCUCACCGUAGAGUAUUUCCUCUUUCAUCCUUCAGUGUGACCCUCUCUCUCAGGGUGUGGCUCCAGUUUCUAGAAAGAAGAAAAACCUUUCUAGAAACCGGAGCAGGAGAGGCCGUUUUACAAACGUACAUCAGAGUAAUCGUGUGAAAUCAGACGUAGAAGUCCUAGAUGUGCUCUCCUUAACAAUCACGUGGACUAACCUGGUUUUCUCUCUUCCUUUUCCUGCAGGUUUGGAGGGGCGCCCCCUCAUGGCACGGCCAGAGACUGUUGUGUACCUCCGCCGCUCCAGAGGGUAAGUCCUCACCUCCCCUCGCUUCAUUCACCCCCUCCCCUCCGCUGAGUCCAUGAGGCGUAUCAGGGGUUUCCCUCUCCUCUAGAAAACCCCUUUCUUCAGACUCUGGUCCCGGACUAGUGAGUUCUUCACCUGGAGGGACCGAGAAUUGAUCAGAGAGAUGAGGAUCAUUUAGAGCAAACAGCCAAGAGUCAUUAAAACGGAGUCUGUCCUGGACCGGGGAGCCUGAGAGUGAGGGAGGAAGAGGAAGAGAGAGGAGGAAGAGAGGAGGAGGAAGAGAGAGGAGGAGAGAGGAGAGAGGAAGAGAGAGGAAGGAAGAAGAGGGAGAUAAAGAGGGGAGGAAGAGGAGAGGAGGGAGGAAGAGAAAGAGAGAGGAGGGAGGAAGAGAGGAGGAAGAGAGGAGAUAAAGAGGGGAGGAAGAGGAGGAAAAUAAGAAAGAGAAGGGAGGAAGAGGAGGAAGAGGAAGGAAGAGAGAGGAGGGAGGAAGAGAGAGGAGGGAGGAAGAGGAAGAGAGGAGGAAGAGGAAGGAUCAGGCGCACUGUAGGGCUGCACGAUAUCUCUUAUUGAGCGUUGUCAUGGCGAUGUACGUGUGCGCGAUAGUCACAUUGCAGAUUCUGCGAUGUCGUAAAUAAACCGAGCCGCCCUGCAGCCGUCACGCAUCCUGAGACGAGCUGACAUUAUAGAUCCUCGUGCACGUCUCUUAGCGGGGAUCCAUACCCCACAGAUCGUCCGUCUGUCACUGAUAUCUGAUCUGAGUCAGUAUCAGGAUCAGAUCUUCACAGUCCUGUUUUCACUCUGAUCCUCUUGAUCUUUUCCAGAUUUUCUGAUCAAAGUUAUAUCAUUAAAAUUUAAAACUUUAUCACAAGAAUCAUUUUGAAGUUUCCAGAUUCGUUUGCAGAGAAAGUUGAUCAGUUUAGUCCGUCUGUUGGACCGCACACGUUUGUGAAAAAGUCUGUUUUUUAUUCCACGUUUUUACUCUGAGAAAUGAGCGAACGUUGACGAUCACUGACCUCCUCUCGACGGCUGUGUCUGUGGGGCACAGAGGGAGCAGCUGCAGGAGGAGGCGGGCUCCGAUCCUUUAGUAAUGGCGGGGGCGGUGUGAAGUCGAAUGUCUGCGCCUCCGACUGAAGGAACAUCUUGAGAGCGAGCCUGGCCGGUGCGGCGAGCGCCAGCCGAUGAUUUCUGGGUGCGAGCCCAAGCAGAGAUCUGCUGAUUCACUGCAGUGGUCCUGAGCGGAGUGGGUGGGGGGGGUCGGAUCACCUCCGCCGUGGGCCUGCAGCCCUCCGCCAUGAUUCACGGCCGUGUCAUCGGGGGCCUCUCAGCGUGAUAACAGUAUUAACCAUGUUGGCUCAUUAAAAACAGAGUUUAGUUUCAGACCAGGAGAGUCGGGUUACUUUAGUCGUGACGGCGGCGAGGAGCAGAAAUGACGAUUCUCACGGAGGAGAGCGCACAGCCAACUCUGAACUUCACACUGAGUCCUGCUGCAGAUUCACAUUCAGACAGUUUUUAUUUUCCUGUUUCUAAAAGUCAGAACUGAGUCUGAUCGUCUCAGGAGGAGGAGCUGAGUCUCCGAGGAAGUAAGAAAUAUCAGGAAAGGCAUCGACCAAUCAGGACUAAAGGUUAGCAGGAACACGGUGAAUCAUCGACUUUUAGGGUCUGACAGCUGAAGGUCAGGUCAGUGAACGUCAGUGUCAGCGCAGGUCAGUCUGAGAGCUGAAAAAAAAAACACAACAGAUUACUGUGAUUUCAAAAUUCUGUGAAAUUAUAUAAUAACUAAAGAUUUUGGACAUUUCUGUGGAGCUGAUGAAUAAAACAACACAACCAGUCAAACUGAGAAAAGCCAAGAACACACAACUUCAUAUUCAGUUACCCCCAGUUUUCACUGCAUCUCGAACGGCCUCGAUCCGGAACGAACAGGCGUUUUUUGAGGAAAAUUUUGUGGCGAUUUACGGACAGCAGGAAUCGUGAGAACUCCAAAACAAAACCCGCGGUUCAUGUUCAAACGCGUGAUAAUGAGUUGUCGCUAUAAAAACAGACACAUAGACAUAUAAGCAGUAGAUUGUGUCCUUCGAGAGGAGGAAAUCUAACUACGUGGAAAUUUGGGAAUAACUCACUGAACAGCAUAAAACAUUUUUCAUGCUUUUAUUUUGAAAAACAAGCAUCAACCAGCAGAUUGUUAAACACUGAACUAAAUGAAAAACAGGAAAGUGUCGAAUCAUCUCAGAGCGAUGCUACAGCGAGCUCACCUUCAGCUUCUCCUUCUUCUUCUUGUGGCGACAAACAGAAAGAAGCGCCGCGAUAAAUCGAAGGGCAACAUCCGGUCUUGAGGCAAACUGCAGUUCCUUAAGUGUCCACUAGAGGCUGGCUGCAGGAGCACCAGAAACCACAUACACACUCAUUCAAAAAGGCAGAAAUAAGCAUGUUUACAGUCCGAUCGAUGGUUUCACUCUCUCUGGAGUGAAGUUUGUUGAAGUUGAAGUUUGAAGGUUUUGAGAAACAUAAAAAAACAUGCAGGUACUCUGGUUAUAUUCCAUCUCGUCUGACGCUAACCUCUCUGUUUCCCUCUCGUCUGUUUCCUUCUUUCUUUCUUUCUUUCUUUCUUUCUUUCUUUCUUUAUUUAUUUACUUCUGGACAUGGUUAAAAAAAAUGUAUAUAAAAAAAACCACACAAAACAACAGUUAAGAAUAAAAUAAAAUAAGUGCCUCACUUAGAAGCACAUCAAUCUCACAAAAAAUAAGAACAAAAACAAAACCAGAGUAUCCACAUGUCCAAAAAAGGGGUAAGAAGAAGUCAAAGACUUGUCUAGUCUUACCCCUCUGUUACUGAGCUCAUAUAACUUAACUUACACACUAUAACUAAAUGUUUUUGUUUUUGUUUUCCUCCUCGCUCAGAGGUGACGGUGGUGUAUCAGAACGGGCUGCCGGUCAUCUCAGUCAGUUUGCCGUCCAGGCGAGAGCGCUGUCAGUUCACCCUCAAGCCUCUCAGCGACAGCGUGGGAGUCUUCCUGCAGCAGCUCCAGGCGGAGGACAGAGGCAUCGACCGAGUAGCGAUCUACUCCACAGGUUGGUGCGCCACUUCACCUCAGCUCGCCGCUCAUGUACCUUUAGAAGCUGUUGAGUUUAGCGCCGCAGCCUUCACGUGAGAGGACUCAUUAUUCAUGGAGAACCGGUGCUUGAGAUCCUCCCAGUUCUGAAGAGCAUCUGCUCUUACCUCUGCUGAUA